AGCAACAAGUUGCACUGACAGAGCAACAGACAGGCAAGAGGGCAAGAGGAUACUCCAUCGUGUUUGAGCGGCAGGUGGUCACCGCGCGUCCACGACUCACCGCAGACUGUGAAUGGGAUUACGACCGCAGAGCCUUCAGAGACCACUCUUUGAGAUGGACGGAGUAAAAUAAGUUCUUUAGGUUCACUGAGAAUACUUUUUAGAAGAAAGGGGAGAUUGCCAGAUAAGUAGUUUAGGUUUUUUCUUUUGCACUGUCCACGCGUUUCUGCGUGCGUAAUGCUCUAAGCGCAGAGUCCUUCCAUCCUGUUCUUUUUUUUUAGUUUGAUAGGUUUUUGACGCGUUGUUAAAAAUGGCACUUGUUAGAUUCAGUAAAAUCUUCCGUCUGCCCACUAUUGAGAUCAAAAAGAAAGUCAAACAGUACGAGCACGUCCACCGGGACAUCAACCCGAACGACAUAUGGGAGAUAAUCGGAGAGCUGGGCGACGGCGCGUUUGGGAAGGUCUACAAGGUGAGUGAGACUCCAGGAACACGAGGCACCUGCAGCUUAGACCACCACUUUAACCAAAGAUCUUUUAUAAGAUCUUCAUUCAGACAAAUGUUAUCGACUGUUCACUUCAUUAAGACAAUGUCCACAUGUUGAUCUUCUCUACACAAACUCUUUUUUAAGAUUCUGGACUACAUUAUGAUUUAUUGCUUCACCUCGAAUAUAAAGUCGUUUUUUUAUUUAGAUGCACAUGUCUUCUACGCUUUAACUUGGUCUAAAGUUUUCACUACUUCUCCCCACCUGUUUCUGCUUCACCAUCCCAGCAUUGUUGAGAUUAUGAGUGAUAUUUCAACAAUGCUGUUGGUUCAGUUUUGAAAGUGUAAAACAAACUCAGGUAGUCAUAAUACUGUGGCUCUGGGUGUCAUAGAAGUGUUUACUUUAUGUAGCAGUGACAAGUGCCUGACUUUUUCAGACAGAUACACAUUUAUUGUUCUCAUAUUUGGUCAAAAUGGUCAAUUAUUCCCAUGAGGUUACCAAAGUACUGUUUUAACAUAGGUGGAAAAAGUACUUAAAUGCUCUACCCAAAAGUACAGGUACUUUGGUGACAUUUCACUUAAGUAGAAGUAAAAGAAGUAAACUCAUCUGUUAAUUUAGGCAAGUAAAAGUACUUUCUUGAACUUAACUGAAAGUAUGAAGUCAGCAAAGACUGCUCAGUCCACAGGGUGUGCCAUAAUUGGUAUAGACUUAAAGUUGCUUACAGGAGCUUUAAGUAAAGCAGUAGUCCUGAUUUUGAAGAGUACUUUGAGAAGUAUGAGUGCAAAAAACAGCUACUCAGUUACACUAACACGAAGAAGUGUACUCUUUAUUUUCAACUCUUUGAUAUUCCCAAUUUCUGUGCUUUUAAACAGCCUUUUGUACAAAGUUAUGAUCCCCUACAUUCCACAAAAUAAGCCACAGUAACUUGAAUGUCUGUUAUUUGAGGAAAAUUUCAAUUAAUUCUCCUUUUAAUAGUUAAAGUAAACAUGAAAACAUUGUGAUAUGAACACAAGAGAUGAAUUCAGGUCUUGUAUUCAGCCUGCUAGCUGCACAUCGAAGGUACUAUCAGACGAGAGAGUUUGGAAAAAUCCCCCCUCACUCCUCGCUGUGAGUCCAGCGUGAAGCAGCCGCAGUGUCACUAAAAGCUCUCUUCAUCAGUCCUGUCUGCUCCUCUCAGACCUCAGCAGCAGCAGCAGCACUUUUGGCUCUGAGCAGUUUUUAAUCAGGAUGUGUUGGCUGCUCAGUCCUCUCUGUGCAGCACCGUACAGUCACUCUGUGUGUGCACCGCCUGCUGCAGCACAGUGAGAGUCUUUGACACUUCAGGGGCCUCAGUGGAAGAAAUGAUGCUUUACCAGAACAGAAAAUGCAGUCUUUUUAGACCCCACCUUGUUUAGGUAUUUUGUUUUCACUGGACUGGGUGCAUGAAGUUUGAAAAGAAACUCUAGUAUAUACUCCUAAAAACUCUGAAUUAGCUCCAUGCAGGGAAAGAGAAACUAACUUUUGCAUUUGGAUGAAUUGCUUUAACUUUUUCAGAGUUUCUUUAAAACUCUGUCAGCUGUCCUGAGUUCUUUUAACCUUUUUCCAGAUUAAAAGGAGCAGCUGAUUUAUGUGCAUUGCUCUGGCAGCCGUCAUUACCCUUGGCAAGCUUACCGAACUGUUGCAUAUCUCCACGAUGUUUGCACUUCCCUAUACAAAUGUCAAGCCUUUGCUUUGGCUCCUGUUUCCUUCUCUUAAGUGGUUUGAGGGAGGACAGAUCCACACCUGCAUGUGUCAGAUAGAGCAGAGUGGGAGAGUUAGGGAGGCAGAGUGGGAGCAAAUGACAGCCAAGACAGGAAGUCGUGGGACUUCAUCGGGGGGGGACAGCUUCUGAACCUCAGGGUAAUCGGCUCGUCUGUGGGAGGAGGAGAGAGGCCUCAAGUGGUGAAUCGCACAUGUGUUUUUUUCCGUCGUUAAAGUGUUUGACAGAGCAAACAUGAGAGAGUCCAAGUCAAGUGGAAUCAGCCUAUCAGGGGCGGGGGUCAGAUAGGAGCAGAGUAACAGUACAGAUGUGUCCUGGUGAAGUGAUGAGUUGAUCAUUUUGUACAUGUGCUAAAGGCCGCUGCUCUGGAAGCUCCAACAUCUGUCCAUGACAUCAAGAGCUGUCCUCUUUAUUCACUCGGUGUUCGGUUCAGAGUUAAAUAUGCUUCUGUCAAAAUGACUCUCUAAAGAUUAGAGUCACUGUGAGGAGAUUACAAACUCUUACAGGAAGUGUCGAGCACAAUUCAAGCUGCGCUGUUUCAUAUCAUGAGAGGAUUGUGAGGGAAAGGUCUCUCAGAAAAGUUAUAUAAUCUCUCAGUUAUUAUCAGCUGUUUUUAUUGUAGUGUCCCUCCCUGAGUGAGUGUUAUAGCUCAUGGUAUAUGACAGGUGCAAAGUCUUUUUUUCAGUAAUGUUUCUCUAAUCAAUGUCUUAAAAAAAGGACAGUUGAAUGUCUCAGAUUUUCUAACCUAUUUACAAAAAUUGUUUGAUUUUCUUCAAGCUCCACUGAGAAGCUUUUUAAAAUGACUUUAUGUGACGUACAGAAACAAACAAGACAGGUUAUUUUUAUAAUAUGGUUUUUAAUACCAGUAAUUUUUUCGAGGGGGUAGGUGUCAGCCGGGCAGCUGAGGAAACGGAUGUUUUUUUUAAACAUAUUUUCUUUGUUUUUUGUAUUCAUACAACAACAUCCAACAAUUGAAAUGUAUGGCAGUAUGAAUAAUACAGAAGAGGUAAAUAUGUAAAAUAUCCUGAUAAAAUCAAUAACUGUAAAGCUGAAUUGAACCAACAAGUUAGUCAAAAAUUACUGAGAAAUAAAUAAUAAAUACAUAAAUAGAUUAAAAAAAAUGAAACAAGCUGUUUUGACAUUUACAUAAAAAUCCACUGUAAAUCAUUUGGAGUCGGUGGGAUUUGAUAUUUUGUCAUGAGACGAUUUACCGACAAGGUCACCAGAAUUGACCCAAACUGAAAGGUCCUUACAGGAGCUUUAAUCUCACAUUUAGGAUGUUAAGAGUUGAUUUGAUCUCCUGAUUAAAGGUGGGGUAGGCAGGAUUCUGUGAAAAUACAUAUUUAUUUGUGGCGUAUAUACAAAAAAGAUUUAAUAUCAGUGAAUAGCUAUUAGUUAUUGAUGACAUUUGGUAACAUUAUGAUAUCGCUGUGAUUUCUUAUGUCUGUGUAGUCAACACUUUAACAUUUUUGAGUGGCCCGCUCUUUCUGACUGUAAACAAAGCUAUUUUCCGCCUCCCCCAAGCUGAUUGGUUGUGAGACAGACGCUGCUCCCCCGUGUCGUUCACGAGCCCAAACAAAGUUAGCGUGCUACAAUAUCUGACAGUAGAAACCAACCAGAAAAGUACAGAAAAUUGUCUGAAUCCUCCUUUGACCACGACUGCCGACUCAAGCAAGAAAACUAAGCAAAUGCCACAGACUCUAAUAAGUCUGUGGCUUAACGGGCGCUUAAAGAGCCGGGCAAGAGCUAAAAAGCCGGGUCAACAUCAGCAUAAACGAUGGGGGACGCUUCGGGAUCUUACAGACCCCGUAACCUUUCUGCUGGACAGGUAAACCGCUUUAACAAAGUAAGACAAGUGUCUGUAACAGAAGUGUUUCUUGUCAAACGGGACCUGCUGUGUGUUGUAGCGCCGCUAAACUGUUGACCUCGGGUCCUGGACUAUGUCACUUUAUCUUAGUUGUAGAAGUCCUGCAAACAUUGUGUUUGCUGGUAGUCUGUUGGCAUCUACAGUAGCACCAAUGCUGUUUACUUUCACGUUGACUGGGCCCCAUUUGUAAUUAUCUGAAGUAUUUAUCUGCAUUAUAUCUGAAUUGAAUUGGAACAAUAUGAGCGAGCAGGAGCGUCUGUUUGUGGGCGGGGAUUUCUGGAGCAGAGAGGAGGAGCUGAGGGAAAAACUGGUUGGGAGGGGUAGAGUUUACAUUCAAGAUUUCUCCCAAAAAUUGGCACUUCCUCAGAUCCCGCCUACCCCACCUUUUAAAACAAAACUGUUUCCUGAUUGACUCGUCUGAAGUUAAGGAAACACUCUGAAGUCUACAGAAAGUCUAAAAUUGAAUGGUUAGUGUGACAAAAGUGUGACUUUAAAGCUCCUGUGACAGAAGUUUCUUUGAUUUCGGCGCCCCCUGUUUAUCCUCCAGGUGUCAAACACAAGCGUUGACAGGCUUUAGAAAUUACAACAUACAAAUCAUCUGUCUUCUUCCUGAUGGACUGGUUUGCUUUUGUAGGUUAAAGCAUCAGCAUGAAUUUCCUCUUGUUGUGUAACCAGUUAAAAACUCCCCAGGGAGGCUUUAACUUGGCACCAAAACCACAGAGAAAAUGAAUGCAGUGAAUCUGUCAGUAGAGGAAACUCAUCAUGUGAAAGAGCUGCACAGAAGCUGACCACGUGUGCAUACAAGCUGUUGUUGACAUUCUCAAGUUUUCUGUGUCAGAGGGUUACGGUAUCACUGCCCAUUAGUGUCACACUGAUGGACUGGAGAGUUAAAGACCGAAAAGGAGGUUUUAAAGCUAUGAAUAUCUUUCAGGAUUUGUUUGGCUCAGAAAUCCAAUUCAGAAGCGAACUUUCCCUCCUGGACUAAAAAAAAACAGGGUCAAAAUUCUGACUGGUUUUGCUCGAGUUAAGCUCAAAGUGAAUAUGUCAGGGAUUUACAGCAUAAUCACUUCUUUCCAAGUACCACUCUGAGCUUUAAAUUGCAGCUUUUGGUUUCUCUUUCCCUGUCGGGUCUUCACUCUCACCCCAUAACUUUUUUUUUUUAUCACGCUCUCUCUUUCUUCUUUCCAGUCCUGACAGCACAUUGUGUCACUUCCUGUCUCUUCAGUGUGUCACAAGAUGUUGUCUUUGUUUUGAUCGCGUCUGUCUGUCUGUGCGUGCGUGCGUGCGUGCGCUUGUUAGAAAGAGACGGCGUGCGUGUGAAGGUGUGAGUGCAGCUGAAGCGUAAAAACAGAGGAGCUGCAUGGUUCCUCUCACUAAUUAAUGGCCCACGUGCCGCUGAGCGCAUUGCCCUGCUGCCGCCGCUGAAACAUCUCCAUAGACACGCUUACGCCGUGAGGUUACGCUCCAUCAAACUCCCUUUGUGGGGUGAAAACCGCAGUGGAGCUUAUCGCUAUUAGUCCCUAAUAGAAAGACAGUGUGCUUGACGUGGGCUUUAACUGUGCUGGAACUGUUUGUGCACUGCUGUACUGAUAAAAGCGCACUAACAGUUCCAGCUGCCAUCUAACACCAUUCAGUGAGGCUGAAACAAUCUAAUAGGGACCUUUUUUAGCAAACUUUUCUCCUUUAAAAUGGAAAGUUAUCUCAAGACUGGAAGUGCAAAGUUCACCAUCAAGUGUGAGCUCAUGUCCCUUUCUGGCACAGAUAAAGAUAUUUACUUCCAGGCCAGAGUUGAUGAGAAACCUUGUUGCUUGGAGCACAUAUCAGAUAGCAGAUGGCAGAUGGUAGAUGGUAGAAGGAGUGACAGGAUUAUGGAAAAAUCACUCUGGACAUGAUUAUCCUCUUCAGUCAAGUGAAAGAUAAAACACUGUGGGUGUCAAAUGAGAGGAGGAAGAAGAAGAGGAAGAGGAGGAGGAAGGGGGCAAAGAGUCUUAACAUCUUACCACAACCACAAAGUUCGUGUGAAAAGUUCUCGUCUUAAUUCAGACACAUGGUAGUGACGCAGAGUCGUCACUUUACCAGGAUGUUCAUCAGAGCUGCUGAAAGUCUAAUCUGGAGGAACAGCCGGGCUGACAGCAACUGAUAGGAGCCGCUACGCAAUGGGCGUGGCCUAAACAUGCUGGAAGUCCCCAUGAAUGUUGAGAUGAUGGUGAUACUUUUGCUUGGCCUUCAGUGUACACAAGUAUCUGUCAGCAAAGACAAGCCUGAGAUUACACAGAGGUUAAAGACUAGAACCCAUGAAGUAGCCAUAUUUUGUACCUAUUUUAAGUAAGGCCCGACCGAUAUGGAAUUUUUGGGGCCGAUGCCGAUAUUGAUCAUUAGUGGGGGGAGAUCUGAUUACUAAUCAAUCCGCUGAUUCUAAAAAAUUUUUUUAUUAAGUUAUAAAAAAUGUAUAUACUGUAAAUAUAUCUAUAAUAUACUUUAAACUGUAGAUAUAGACCGACUGAUCAAACUCGGACCAGAAAAGCGGUAAACCGUGAGCCCUCCAAUCUGCUGCUACUUCUUUGCAAGCUUUACACAGGAAGCGGGUCUCCUCUGUGGUGGGAUUGAUGUUUUGUGUUGGUGCGUGCGGCCUUGAGUAUGUGCGAGUGGCUGAAGAAAGCAGUGAAAGUGUGUCUUUUUUUGUUUUACUGCUCUCAGAGGCCUGUGCUGAUUUCCUGCCUCUCUGACCUUCUUUGUGCGUUUGAUUUUGUCCACUUCAAGGUUUUGAUUGUGUAACAUUGUGCAGUGUUGUUGAUCAAGGCUUUCACAUCUGGAAGUGACUUCUGUCUAGAUCUGAGGUUUAGAGUCUGCGUGUAUUUAACUUAGCAAAUUUUAGUGUGUAAAUUUAUGCUGUUUAAGAUAUUUUUAUCAAAAAAAAGAAACCUUAUUUUUCUUGUCGCAUUAAUUUAUCUUGUGAAUAACUUUUUUUGUGUGACUCUUGCACCUCUUUAAGACAAAGUGAUGCUGCAACCUUAAAGCUCCUGUGAGAAACUUUCUGUCUGCGUUGACUUUUGCAACCCUAGUGGACAAAGUUUGAACUCUUCUAUCAAUGUUGAUUUCUUAUCACAAAAAAAUCUCCCCUUGUUGUUUUUGUACAUGAAAAUGAUCUGAGCUCCAGUAAAAGAGACUGAGACUGUUUUUUCAGCCACUGGUCCUUUUUGUGCUUUCGUAGCCCAUAAAGAGGUAUCUGUAGUUAACAUUAGACUGCCCUGUUCUUACCACUCCCCAAAAAAGUGGGUGAUUUUCAGUCGACUAGCAUGUCUGUACUAAAAAAAAUCUGAGGUUUUCAGUUUGUUAUCACUGAAAACAGAAAACCCUCAAACAGUUCCCUUAUCCGUACAAUUAAUAGCAACAAGCUGCAAAGUUAAAACAAUAUAAAUCUGCCAUAAACUUCUGAAAUUUCUUCUUUUGACAGCUGCUUCAGUAUGUUUUUGUUCCCUUUUUUCCAUCAACAAUGGUUUCGUCAGGUGGUAAGGACACAAACCACAUGUUGGCAUGAAAGUAUCACACCCAUUUUUAACACCAUGUGCGCACAUGAAUUCAUGCUGCGCUGGAGUUUCAUAACACCAACACAGUCACAUGUAUUUUAUACAAACCAUUAAAAUGUUGCAUAAUAAUUUACACAAUAAAACUACAAAAGUAAAUGGAUGUAAAUGUAGCUGUAAAAGCACAUGCCCCUCUUUUUUCAUGUUAUUCAAAAAAGAAAAAAGGAAAGCCACAACACAACAGAAAGUCACAGCAGGGCUGCAGUGGAAUGCAUUCACCAAAUUAAUGCAUUAAUGUGUUUUCCCCUAAUUCUUGCUUGUUAAUUCUUGUGCAUUUAUAUUCUUUAAAAUAAAUCAUCCCUCAGGAAAACAAAAAAGAAAAUGUGUGUUGAAUCAAGGUCUUACUUUUUGGCCAUAGUGGUUUGUUACAGCACCUGCAACCUCCACAAAGAACACAAGGAACUUUUUGUGUUGCCUGAUAAACAAAAUUCAGGGCAAAAUAGACUUGACAGUUACUUUUUUUCCAUGAAGUGAAAGCACUGUAAUAAUUAAAGCCUGAAAAUGAUCAAAUUGUGUCCUCUCUUUGGGAAACUUUAAUAGUUGGUCAAGAGUUGGACACAGUUAGUUUUUUUGUGAAUGAAUCAAAGUGAAACUGCAAAACUUAAGAGGUCAAAUGUGACAUUUCCUCAUCUGUGAGAGAGUUACACCCUCUUGGAUGGUAUUAAAAGUUACUUUUUCACUAAGCCCAGCACUUUCUGUGCCAUGUGGCUGUCUGACAUGUCCUUCUUGUGCACCUUGUUCCUCUGAAUGAGACAUCAUCAUCAUCAUCAUCUCCACAGGCGCCUGCUGUCAGAGCUGAGCUUUUUAUUAGCUGCCGUCAUUAUGCAGGAGCUGAGGACCACAUUCCUGUUCACAGACACACGGGGAGAGCUGACAGAGGAGGGGAGGAUUUAAAGGUUUACGACGGGGCAAAGGUCUUACACAUACACAUUCCCCUUAGAGGGAGGUGUGUGUGUUUGCAGGGACAGUAACAAAGCGUACAUGUGGUAUAUUCGUUCAACCUGGAGGUGAUUGACCCCAAGGAAAGUUAACUGUUUUCAGAUCCAGGAGGUCAUCUGGUUUGGUUACACGCUGAUUUAUCAUUUGGUUCUGCACUUUUUAAGCACACAGACACACACUGUAUUCAUCUAAACCAGCACAGAAACAGUGUUCAACAUUUUAUUACCGUCUUGAUUGAUUUUGAAAAGCCUGUUUGCAUAGUAAAUGAUUCUCACACAUGCGGCAGGGAGCCUCUCCUUUCUGUGCGUGUUUCUGUGUGUGUGUUUACCCAGUCAGGCAGUACAGUGUUUGUGUACCAACACACGGGUCACUAACAUCUGCUUUUCUCUGAGCAGGCCGACGCUCAGCUUGUCGGUCAUGGAUUAUGUCCUGCAGACGAACUGUUACUGAAAGCAGAUGGGUAAAUAUACAUGACAGAUGGAGGGGGGGAGAUGAACAGGCAGAACGGGGAUGACAGACAAAUUUGGUGUGGGAGACAAAAACUAGACAGUGUGACGAUAAAGGAGGCAAGAGAGCGAGGUGUAGAGGUGUACUGUAAGUGUGCUGCAGCUGUGGGAUUAAAAACAGGGUGUCGGAUCGUUGUACAGAGAUGUUUACAAACACAUACAGAUGAAUAACAGCUUGAAAAGUUUUAAGAGAAACACGCACAAAAGUACAGAGAUGUGUGCAAUGAGCAAAAUAUUCAUGUUUUCUUCUUUAUGAGCAAAAUCAAUCAUUAAACACCCAAACUAUAAUAUUCCCAGGGUGCUGUUUGGUUUAGCACACACCCUAUAUUCAGAGGCUGAUCCUCGCCACAGCGGUUACUGGCUCGACUCCCUGCCACAACCUUUUGCUGCAUGUCUCUACUUCCUGAGGUUUUCUGUCUCUCCUCAGCUGUAAUAUCAAAUAACGGCAGAAAUAUCUCCAGAUUGUGUUUAUCUAUAUGUUGGAUAUCUGCUUUUGAACCCAACCCAGCUAAAUCUGGAGACUGUCGCUUUAAAGCUGUAGACGCGGUUAUGAUAGUGAGGAGUCAGGGGAUAAAGAGAGGUGAGGCAUUGUUUUCUUUUGGGAUGACUACAGCAGCUACAGUAUGAAGUCAGCUGUGUGCCUGUUUUUUAUUGGCCCUGGCAUUGUCAAGUAUCACUGUUGCGUAAUUUGUGGGAUAUGAGUUAAGCUCUACUUGUCUUCUCUGUCUCGACCUUUGAGUUUAACUUGUCGGACUUUCAGCGACUGGUUGUUGUUGUUGUGAAAGAAACGCAUGAUGUCCUCUCCUUGAAUCAUUUCCUCCAGUGGAGACACACACGUCCCCACAUCCACACACACUUCUGCUUCUUCUUGAUGUCCUGCCAGUUUGUAGGAAGCCCGAGGUCCCAUGUGAGGCACAAUAAGGCGUCCCAGUGUAAUUUCCUCUCCGUGCAGUGUAUAUAGCUGUUAAGGUGCACACGUAAACAAACACACGUUUGCAGACUACACUCCAGGACCCUCAUUGACGUAACACAUUCCACACUGCGCAAAAAAAUGCACCCCAUGUAAAUGCAGGAGUUCACUCAGUCUUCCAUCUUUGUCCACUUUCAAAACCAUCUGAGGGCCAGGGGCACAUUCCUCAGCUGUGUUCCCACUGAGGUUUAAAGGUGUGUGUGUGUGUGUGUGUGUGUGUGUGUGUGUGUGUGUGUGUGUGUGUGUGUGUGUGUGUGUGUGUGUGUGUGUGUGUGUGUGAGAAUGUCCUUGUGAGGCUGGGUCAGAGAGCAGGCCGUUUAAGAAGUUAAGACUGAAACAACAGAAACACAUGAGUAUCAUACUUAAUUUGCUUAUAGUUUAGGCUUAACUUUCAACUGUAAGUGGGAGACCAAUGAGUUAUGUUCUUUUUUUGAUGUGUUUGUUGGCAUCCAGAUUAUUCUUGUCGCAAUGAAAACAGUUGAAAACAUAAGAUAUUAACAUUAUUUAUAGUGUCCUUAACCAUGAAUACUUCGCCUACUUUGACUACAAACCCAGCCUUUAGCUGCAAAUGUUCUUCCAAAUAAGAUCCCGCAGAGCGAGUGUGUGGAGCCAUGAUAGUGUUAGUACAGGAGGGCGGCAGGCUGACAUGUUAGCAGGGAAGUGAAAGUGUCUGGUGUCUCAAUGUUUACUGUCGAGACUUGUUAACCGACUGACUGAUGGUUUGAUGGCAGGAGGAGACGUCCUGUUGACUCACAGUGUGAGCUGCUCUGGUGGUGGUGAGGGGGCUCUGCUUCUCUAGAGCUCUGUUUGACAAAAGCACACACACACACACACACACACACACACACACACACACACACAUAGUUUUAGCUAACUGAGAUGAGUUCGAGACUACCCUGCUCUGUUUAUUCAGAUGUUUUCCCACAGCCCCUUUAAGGCGUGGAGGCAUCAGACCCCACCAGGCUGUUUAGUCUGCCGUGUAUGUAUAAGCCAGUGGGUUGAUGUGCACUUGCAUGCACACAGGCUCACAGUAGUGUCUUCCCCAUUAUUACUCUUUAUGUAAUAUCAUUACUCAGACUAGUGCUGGACGAUAAUUCGAUAACAAUAUAUAUCGAUCGAUAGACGUGUGGAGCGAUAGAAAAAAAACGGGUCGAUAAAAAGUUCGAUAGAAAAACACAGUUUCCCUUUCUUUUUCAUCAUAGCCUAUCAUGUAGCUUUUACUACAGUCAUUACUUCCUCCCAACCAAUCACAAACGCAGACCCAGGUACGCUACGGCACCAAGCCCAGCCCCUAUCAAACCACAACAGACAGCACGUGUAUUAGAAAUAAUGUAACAGCAAGGAGAAGCGGAGGAAAUUGUCCCGAAAAAAGGUUUCAGUAGUUCACCAACAUGGCAAUGUUUUGGUUUUUAGAAGUCUGACAAAAAGCAAACAGCGGUCGUUUGCAAAAUUUGCAGAGAAUUAGUAAAAACCAAGUCCGGUAACACAACCAACUUGUUUUACCAUCUAAACCGACCGGUCGCACCCGCAGGAGUACGAGCUGUGUCGGCCGCGCCGCGGCUCCACGUCGUCGUCGGAGGAAUCCUCUGGAACCGCUGUUAGCACCAGCACAAAGCAAGUGAAGCAGACCAAACUGGACUUCGUUUCUUGCCAAAAUACGACAAAGCGCCCAAGCGGCAUAAGGACAUCACCCAUGCUGUAACAUGCUCCAUAGCGAGGGACAUACUGCCAAUAACUACCGUUGAAAAGCCUGGCUUCGACCAGCUUCUAGCCACUCUCGACCCGCGAUAUGAAGUGCCCGGCCGCAAGUAUUUCUCAAACACAGCGCUUCAGGCAUGAAAACGGGUCAGGGGUUGAAAAGGUGAGAAGGGUGCGGAGGAAAUACGCUCCGGUGUAGCUUCUUAAAGUGGAAGAAAAUGAGCUCAUAUUUUACAAAGACGCGAGUAUUUGGAUCAUGGCUACUAGCAGGGGGGGCAUUCGGCAGGGGUGCAUUCUACGACACAACACCGGCGUGGAUAAGUCCUGCUUCUCGUGCUUAGUUUGUUUAAUAAGUCAAUCACAUGAUAAUUAAAAAAAAUAAAUCUCCCGACCCCAGGAGAAAUAUUUCAGUGUUCAGACACCAGGCUGUGGGCAGUUUCCCACACAGUUAAAACUGGUAGUAUGCUAUUCCCACCUAAAGCUAUUCUGUUUAUUUAUAUAUUUGUUUGUUUUGUUUAUUUUCAUCAAAAGACUAUUUAAAUAUUUAUUUAUCAGAUUUUCUGGUCACUUUAGUCUUUAUGUUUGUCAGUAUUUACUGACGUCACUCAGGCCACUUAAGUUGAUUUAUUUUUUUUUUAAGUUCUUUUUAAAAAAAACUUUCAGUUGUGGUAAAAAAAAAAAAGGUGGUUGAAUAAAGGUUUGAAUUUGAAUUCAGUGCUUGUGUGUUCUUUAUUAAAAGUAGGUCAUUAAGCAAUAGCAUAAAACAUCCAGGGCUGCAAUUAAAAUAUAUGUUAAAUAAUUAUAAUAAUUAUAUCGAUAAUUAUCGAUAUCGAUCAAUAUGAUUUAUUUUUUAUCGAUAUGCUUUUUUUCUAUAUCGUCCAGGCCUAACUCAGACAAGCUUUCUCAUUCUUGUGCCAGCUCUGACUUUCAGUAACACUGCAUGUGUUAACUGACAAUAACUUGUUUUAUUUUUUUAAUGUUAUUAUAGUUAUAUUAUUUUUUCAAAUUAUUUUUUUUAAUUACAUUUAAUUGAACUUUACUGUAUUAAAUGUUAUUAAAUUUAUUUUAUUGACUUAAUGAAUUUUUUAAUUCAAGGUUUUUGGUAUUAUUAGAUUUUAAUUUUAUUUUUUUAUUAUUAUUAGAUUUUUUUAUUUUAGUUAUAUUAUUUAGGUUUAUUCUUAUCUAAUUAAUAUAAACUGUACUAUGAUAAAUGUAAUUUAUUUCAAUUUAUUUUAUUAAGUUAAUUUUUUAAAGUUUUUUUACAUGAUUAGAUUUUUAUUUUAUUUGUUUUAUUUAUUGUAUUUUGUUUGAUUUUAAUUCAUAUUAUUUUAUUGUUUUGCAUUCAAUUUAAUUUAAUUAUUUUAAUGUAUAUUUUAUUUCAAUUAAAUUUAAAUCAAUUUUAUAUUAUUUUCUAUUUUAUUAUAUUUUAUUUUAUCUUAUUUAUUUCUUCUUAUUGAUUCAUAUGAUUAAUUCAUAAAAGGAAGGUGUAAAUUUGAAGCCGUUAUGUUAUCAUUUCAUGUGUUCUUCUAGAGUUGGCUUAAUGUUCGUUUUCAUCUGCAGCUCAUUAACAGGACACAUUUCAAACAUUCAUAGUCUUAAAACACUGCAGUUAUUAUAAAAGACACAGAAGACAGAAUGAAACACAAAAUGCAAAUGAUAAAAAAGGUUAAAAACACACACAGCCACGGAGCUGAAGAGCUUUCAGCAGAUUUAUAAGUUUGACAUUAAAGCUUUAGAUAGACCAACACUGCUCUUCAGAUGUUUCAUUUUCUUUCAAUACUGGGUUCAUUUUAUCAUAAAUGUUUUUUUUUUUACUAUAAUGCAGCAUGAAUCACCCCCCCCUCUUAUCUUUGUUCCUAACUCUGAUUUCAGUCACAGCUUAUCUGGGGCUGGCCCUGCUCCUGCACUCACAGUUUUGCUCACAGACAAACUCUUAUGUCACAUUUACCUACAAAUCCCAUCAGUCAGCACUGAGACUUUCAGCCUGUUACACAAAGUAAAGAACAUCUUGUGUUUCUUGUUCCUGUCCUUCACUCUUGUUCUGGAAAGCAUCAAAAACACUCAGAGUGACUCAAAGCACAAUCUCCACGUUCAUGUUUAGUUCCUUGCAUUACUCAGGAUUUCGAGGAAUUCCUGCGUCUCUGUGUGUGUCCUUGUCGAGCCACUCUGAUGCUUGAAGGUUUUUGUGGUUCCUCCUUCUCUGCAGUUACUCAAAGAGGGUGUAGUUUCCUGUUUUGAAUCCAAAUGUUAGUUAGUCAACAUUUUAAUUGCUAUGCUGCGUUUCUCGACAUUUUGGAUUCCCUUUAGUUACAGUCUGGGUGGCAGGAUGUAUGGCUUUGUGAUGUGCACAUGCAAAAAGCACAGUAAACUUCUGCAUUAUGGUCACAUCGUGUCGCAUUAGGAGUCUGCACGGAGAUUUGUAUUAGUAGUCUGACUUUCAGUGACACUUGACAGUAUCAACACACCCGGUUCACUUCACACAGACACGCCCGUUAUCACUCAUAUGAUUUGUUUGUUGUGCGCCUAAAAUGUGAAACUUCUUAGUUUAGGUGCUCUCAAGAUUUGAUCUAUUCUAACUGGCAAAAUAAGACGUAGAUAAUAAAAAAGUGGAGGUAGAUUGUACCAUCCUUUUACGUACCGGAAUCUAAUAAAGAUUUUCUGUUUUUCAGGCCAGAAACAAAGAGACAGGAGUCCUCGCUGCAGCCAAACAGAUCGAUACUAAAAGCGAAGAGGAGCUGGAGGACUACAUGGUGGAAAUCGACAUCCUGGCAAAAUGUGACCACCGCUACAUCGUCAAGCUUCUCGAUGCAUUUUACCAUGACAACAAACUGUGGGUAGGUACCGCAGACUUUUGGUUUAAGCGACUUAUUUUAAAUGCAAACCACAGGCUUGUUCGUUCCUCUCUUUCUUUUUCAUCUCACAAACAAGUCUGCAAACAAAAUAUGCAUGAAAAACAUUUUCUCCUGUCUGCACCAUUCCCCCUCUUCGUAAGGCAUGUUGUUUUCACAAAGUCGAGGAGUUUCUCAAGUUUUCUUUGCAACACUAACUCCACCAUACAGCAGGAAAGAGUAAAAACAGAACUUAAAACCAUGUAUGUUGGCAGGCCCACGGGAUGUUUUGCUUCCAUCUGUGACUGCUUUGUUAUUUUAUUGCAACAGUAUCUCAUCUUUUUUCAUAUGAAGGCUCUGUCAAAGGAUAAAGAUAAGAUGAUAAGGUUGCUAAAAUAGGGAUUACUCAAGCCCCCCCCCGGGGAUGACAUAAUGCAUCAGAAACGCACCAGUUCUCACCCUGAUGUUACUGCAGGACCGAGGAUCAUUUUCUGUUCACUGUUUUCUGCUCUCCAGCUAUUUUCCCUCUCCGCGCCCGCCCGCCCACCCGUCCGUUCGCUCACUGGGUCAAGUGUAACUUUUUGGACUCUCUUUAAUCUCCCAGUUUGUCCAGCCAAGUAAAAUAACACUGACCUCAUGCUGUGUCACAACCUCGAAUUUCUGAGCAAUUACAACAGGGAUGAGACUAAAGAUAGCUGUGAGAUGUGUUUUUUUUACCCCCUCUUGUUUAAUGCAAUUAUACACACAAGAUAAGAAGUAGGUUGUGCAUGAAUGUUUAAAGUGAUAUCCUGUAUAAGUGGACUUUACUUGUCUCUUAUAGCGUUUUCUUAUUUGUCCAAUGUUUUGUUUCUAUCUUGAGUUGAGUGUCUAUCUCAAGUCAUCUCAGGACACUUGACAAUAAGCAGACUUAGACUCUACUCUAUGUGACUAAUGAAGAGAAGAGACCCAACACAAGCCCACUAUGAGAAAGCAUUUUACUGCACUUAGCAACAGCGGCGAUAAAUAAAAGGUAGAAACCUCAAGCAGAACCGGAUUUAUUAGUGUGCAUCUAUCUGCUGUGACUGGAAAACAGGAUAGAAGAAGAUGCAGAGAAGAGAAAUAGAUAGAGACCAACAAACACAGCAGCAGCAGCAGGACUGGAGACUGGCCUAACAGUGAGCGCUGUGAGAAUAGUACACAAGCGUGUGCUGUCGUUGUUGUAGAUUUCAUGCUGUGUGCACAGUGCGAGUAGUCCUCCGAGCAGCAGCAGGUCAGGACGGUGAAGUUGCAAACCUUGCGGAGAAGUCCGACAGCUCUUUGACUCACUCCUCCUUCUUGUUUCUUCUUCUUGUCAUAAAAAAGUCAAAAGUGACCACCGGUUUGUCAAACUGAUUUCUUAAACAAUCAUCUUGUACAUGAGAUUUAAUCGCACAGCAGCUUCAAGUGGACUGCUGACUUAUUUGAACAGAGUGUCUUAACAUCAUAGCAUAGUUACUGAGCAGCAAAAGAAUAUCCAACUCCUCACGGCAGCUUAAAUGUAAAAUAAUUGUCCAGCUUUGGUUAGCUAGCACCAAAUACCGAUUUCAAAAGAGGCAAAAAACAGUGAAAUUGAGAGAGAAUUGUGUUGGAGGGUAAAGUUUGAUUUGGUGAACACCCUGACUGAUAACCAGCUGGUUUUUCUAUCCAUCCUUGUGUUUUUGCCUCCUGCAUUAACUCAUGCGUAUACCCAUAUCAGAGCCAGUCGUGGUUUUCUUAGUGGAGCUGAAAUUCCCUGGUUGAAAAAUAAAAUGAUCUUAACCAAUCAAAGACUUAGAGCUUGCUUAGUGUGUGCUGGUGAGUCACAUGUACAAAUAUUCCUUCCUGCAGCAAUAACCACACACUUCCUCUGUCUCGAAAAUCUCUUUUCUUUACUUUCAAACUGUGUCUGUUACAGUUUUGGUAGAAAUCGUACUGUUCUCGGAUACUUUAAGAAAUCCUGAAAUAUUAUAAACCAAAAGAAACAAGCUCUGCACUUCAUUCUACUUCUGAGUGUGUAUGUGUGUGAGCCUACAGAUCUCAACAAUUAGCUCUUUGGUUUGCAGUCAGGCCCCAGUAAACUUCGACUGGGAGGACUGGGCAGGGUCGAGAGGAUGCAUUCCUGCAGCGACCCACCAGAUCUACUCUUUUUACGUAGAGAGAGAGAGGGAUACAGGAAGAGAGAGAGAGCAGGAGAAAUCGACGUUGAGAGAAGGGCUGUUUGUUCCCUACAAGGAACAAUCUGCUCUUUAGGCUCGAAGGGGCAGCCAGACCUGCAGCGUGAGAAAAAGAGGGCCUUUAGCAUGGAGACAGAACCGCUGACAUCAGCAUUUUGAGAGGAACGAACAGAGAGAGAAAAAGAGAGAGAAAGGAGAGAGGAAAAGAGAGGGGAGGAGGCCACUUAAAGCAGAUAAAACAGAGAUAAUAAAGUCAGAAGAGAACAUAUACAAAUCAUUAUGAAGCUGGUCAAACCUGCUCCUUCAAGGAUCACACCAACGCCAAAAACCUAGACUCAGAUGUGUCUGCUAACUGUAUCCAGUCAUGCAGUUUUACUCUGAGGUUGAACUUUGCUGCUGUUUCUUAGAGGCAAUUUUCUUACUAGCUUUAAAAACCUGUCGACUUUGCUUUAGAGCUCCUGUGAUGAGUCUUUAGCUGGUUAUGAAACACACUGAAUUACCAUGUGACUCACCUGAAUUAUUACCAGGGAUGCCCUUUUUAUGAGCAAACAAGUCAAUCAUUAACAAGACUGACAUUGGCUCCUGACUUGGCUAACAUGAGCAAUAAGUGGUAAAUCCACUGACUAAAGAAAGCAGGAUGAGAUGUUUUGAUAUUUUUAAUUUUAAGAUGUAGGAGUUACAGCUUUGUCCACAGAGGGCGCCAAAGCUGACACAAACCAAAAGAUUCUCACAGGAGCUUUAACAGAUUUCCAUCAACGGGUCAAUUGUGAUAUUCUUGAUCCUCCUCUAAAGAAAAUCUAACACCUUUUUGCGGACUGAACCUGUAUUAAGUGUCAGGUGUUCAGGUUUGUGCGUCUGAAUUGAGUUUGUUUCGACUGAUAGAGCAACUGAAAGCUUUAGGGUCUCUCACAUGCCACCGCCUCUGAUUUUAAAGUAGAGUAACAUAGAAAGUAAAAGUAAAAGUUAAAAUUUGAACACUUCUGAGAAUCACUUGCAUCCACAUAGGCGGAUGUUCAAGAGAGAAGCUUUUUGAUGUCUGGUGCUUUGUGGGAGUGGUGUAUGUGGUGUCUAACCAGCGCAGCAGAACCUGCAAAACUCUAUGCAUGCAUCACAUAAGAUGCUUUUAUGCUUGUCUCAAAAGGAUUGAAGUUUCUUUUCACAUUAUGCCUCCACCACUCAUAGAGCCUCUGCUCUGCUUGAAUCAUGGUGAUAAUAAACAGUAUCUAUCUGUGGUGGUGUGUGAUGUUUUUAUUUUGAGGGUUGGGGGGAAUGGAUCAGCAAUGAGAUAGCCGAUGAUAACUCGCUAAUGCUAAUACUCGGCACGUUUGCUCCGUGGUGUGCCGCACAUACCGAUACAUAUGAGUCUAAGGUAGAGCCAAGUAAGAAGAAACCCCCUUUUUUUUUAAGGUAUGUGGCCUUUAUUUUAACGUGGCAGUGCGUAGGGAAGACCCUGAAUGGUAUAUGAGACUAAACGUGUAGAGUAUAUUAGUCUGACUUGUAGCUCCCGCGCUUCAAAAACUUUUUGCUGAGCUCUCGGUUUAACCUGUUACAAGCGUGCAUGUGAUUCCUACGACAGAAGAUUAGGACCACAAGAAGAGAAAUAAAUAAUUACAGGAGGGAGACUUUUUAUAUUUCCAUUUCGAGAUUAAAGUCGAAAUUUUGAGAUUAAAGUCGAAAUGUCCUUGAAAUCCUUGAAAUUUUGACUUUAAUCUCAAAAUUUUAAUUUCAAAUCUCGAAAUUUCGACUUUAUUGACAGAAUUUCAUUUUUUUUUUAAUCUUGAAAUUUUGACCUUAAACUCUUCCCUAUAUUAUUUUUUUCCUCUUUUCUCUGCAUGUGGCCUUAAUCCUCUUUUUCGUAGAUUCCACAUGGAGAAGGACAAGUGAGUAAGUGUAACUGACUUUGCGAGGAGCUCAUGCCUUUAGAUGUUUUUAGUCAGUGUGUUUAAUUUCGACUGUGUUUAAAACUAAGUAGAGGCUUCAGCUGGAGUGUUUUCAAACACGGCCAAACAAGGAUGAAAUCUGUCAACUGUACAGUUAUAAUGUAUUUGUCAUUGUUUGUAUACAGCGAGGCGUAAAUACAGCGAUGGUAUCAGUUAAGGUUGCUAGGAGAUUUAUGAUUACACAAGGACAUGAAUGGAUUGAAGUCUGUGUUAUGUGUGUUUAUUGGCAACACCUCACACACACAGAUCACUCAGGUGUUAGUCAUGUUCAAACAGAGUCGGAGAAUAAGCGUGUGCGUUUGAUUCAUGCCGUCAUUCUUCCUUUAAUUGGCAGAACACUUUUAUAGGUCACAGAGAGGAGGAAACGUCGAUGUCAGCCACACCUGAUCCUUUUCUACGUUCUGGGGGAUUUUGUAGACUAUAUCUAAUUUGGUUCAGCUUGUCUCAAAAGAAUAUGAUUUAGUAUAGGAUGUUGCGCAAUGCCUGCUGGGCCUCAUCCAGUGAUCCUCUUAAAUCAGAGCAGUCCCUCCAGAGUGAAAAUAUGAAACUUUAAUGAGUAGGUGGAUUGUUAUGUAGUUACAAACUGAAAUGCUGCUUUCUCCGUCAACAGUUGACAUUUUUCUGUCUCUAUGUUUUUUGGGUUUACCUUUUGUGCUCUUGUGUGUGAGUAAGACAGAGUUCAUGUGUGCGUGCAUGAUCAACCCAUGGCCAGUAUGCUCUGCAUGCAGUCUGACCAGUUGGAGCACAUUCUUCAGCUCAGCCAGCCGCACAACACGUCAUCAGGGAUCCUUCAGGCGGGCUGCAGGGACUCUGAGGAAAACACAAAACAGUCGCUGCUAACACACGGUGUAAUGUACAGCUGUUUGGGUUUGGCGGUACAGAGUGUAACUACUGAGGGGGCAGCUCAUUUAUUUAAGGAGAGGGUUUUUAAACAGAGGAGUUAAGUCAUGAAUGUUUGCUGUAGUGUGAGUAAGACAUAGUUUGGACUGGAACUGCCUCUGGUCAAUGAUAUAGAUAAGCAUAGAUCACUUUCUGACUCACACUUUUUCUUAUCAGCAGGUCUGUGUUUGACAAGUUAACACCCGUGAUAACUAUUUAAAAAACGACAACAAUGAUUAAGAGGCAGGACUUGAAUGAGGACUCUGGAUAAAGAUCACCUCACUUUUUUUAUUAAUGAUGUGCUGAAGGGUAUAAAAAAAAUUCAGGCUCAUUAAUUUGUUUGAGUCGAAUCGUGUCAAGGUAGGAAUAAUGCAGGUUUUCUAGAUGUAUUUGCGGUACAUAACCGCCCAACCUGAGCAAGCACAGGUAUGUGGAUGUUGGUCUGCAAGGAGGACCAUAGGCUGGUGGUGCUAGCUCUGCUAAUGGUAGCCACACCCAGAAAACCAAUCCGCCACUGCAGACUCAAAGAGAUAUUCACUGUCACCCCACUGUAGGGAUACACAGACUACAGUGGGGUGACGCAGCUCAAGGAAGAACAUUUAUGAUCAUUUCUUAACGGAAAUGCAAUCAGACCGAGACGCUAAGGCAGAGGAACUACUGUGUCUGCAGUGGAAAAUGAUUAUUAUGAUGAUUAUUACUUCAAGGAAAUGAUAAAGUAAUGAUCGUAAAUGUUCUUCCUUGAGCUGCGUCACCUGUAGUCGGUAAUGGACUAUCCCGAGGUCUCGCUACAAACAAGCGGCUGCUGGAAGAGAGUGGAUGAGUUGUGUUUAGUCUCUCUGCUAAAGAAAUUAGGCAAAGCUAAAAAGAUGUUUGGUGGCUAGUACUAUGGCUGGGACCCUAUAUGUACUGUUGAUAAAGUUAGGUGCUGUUCUGAGCAUUAUUUGUGGUUAUAGAGUGGUGUUUUGGUUGAGGUUUUCGUGUGACUCCACAGACCGCUGUGUAUUGCUAUCAUGUUGUCGUUACUAAAGUUGGUAUAACUAGAGAAGCAAGCGAUCAAAUGUUCAAAUGACUGCUUGUUGUUGUUUCAUCAAGAGCAGCAUGGCAACGUUGACAUUCCUCAUUUUCCACCUUGACGGAGUGUGUACGUGUGUGUAUGUGUGUGUAUGUGUGAAUCUUCAUGUGUGUCAUGCAUAGUUUUUACAUUCGUUGGUGCCUGGUGUGUGUUUUGUGCGCACCUUUUGUUCUUAAAUAACUCUGUUUAUGUCUUUGUCUGGACUGAAACUCCACGCCCUGUCCAAGUGCCAGGUCGGUUUUAACCAUGUUGUCAUAGCAACCAGGAGGACUCUGUGAUUGAAUCAGAGUGACAUCGCACAGCAGGUAUGCUGCAGUGCACCUGAGGAUGACCUUUGACCGUUUGUUAUUGACAAUCAGCGGUUACAAAAACCAUGUGUACUAAAUAUACUGUUCCAGAUCAUAUUUGGAUCGAGUGUGUGUUUUGAUUUUCUGUAUUUUUGAGGCUGUGUGUGUGUGUGUGUGUGUGUGUGUGUGUGUGUGUGUGUGUGUGUGUGUGUGUGUGUGUGUGUGUGUGUGUGUGUGUGCAGAGAGGAUGUUAGGGGAGGAAAUGAACAUGGAUUAUUAGAGGUCGCUGUUGCCAACAAGCUGUCAUGUAGAGACUCUACUGUAAGGAUCUGCGUGUUUUCACGUGACUGCUCAGCUGGUUUAGUACACUUAGCAGAGGUGUAUGUACCUUAGUUACAGCCUGACAGUUUAUCACACGCUUUGGUCUGAAUCCAGAUGUUCUCUUUACAAAGCGUGUGAGUACCCAGAACUCUCAGCACAGACGUCAGAGAGUGUUUGGCUGAUGGAGAACAGAGACUCUCUACAGCUAGUGAGGAAGUUUGACUGGAGUGAUAUCGGCCUUGAGGUCGUCAACACCAGAGUGAUGCUGAUUUCGUCAAAAUGCCAUCAGACCCUCUUUCCUCUUCAUCUCUCAAAUAAAGAUCGACCAAUAAUCGGCAUGAGAGGUGCUCCCCAGUCGCAAUUUUUUCGUAGGGGAAGGUCCCGCCUCCUUCGCCUCUGAUUGGCUAGAAUAGCUGGGCUCUGAUUGGUUAUUCCUUAAGGCUGUGAAACGUCAUCAUACCGAACAUUAUCACAAUUCUUAAUCUCCUAACCCAACAGACGAUGACGUUUACAGCCAUAAGGAAUAACCAAUCGGAGUCCGGCACUGAGGCGAAGGAGGCGGGACCUUCCCCUACCGUACUACGAAAAAAAAUAUUGCUCCCUGGUCUCUGUUAAGCAUACGGAGCUAGCAUGCGCUACUUCUGGGUCUUUUUUAAUUUCAAAAUAAAAGCAUGUGUUUCAAAAUAAGGCCAAAAUAUAAUUUCUACUACAAAUGGAUAUCGGUUCUAAAUAUCAGAUAUCGGUUUCUUUGAUUUCUAAUAAUCGGUUUCGGUAACGGUCCCCCCCAAAAAAGUAUCGGUCAAUCCUUAACUUGGUCACUCUUUACGUACUGCAUUUAUUUUGAUUUAGAUAUCAGUUUUAAACUUUUAUUUAUCUUAAAAAAAAAAAUAUUGAGUAAAAAAUGUAAGUAUUAGAAAGAAAGAGUCAAGCUAGAGCCUAAACUCACUGAGGUUGGGGGGAGCUGUGAUCUUUGGAAUGAGUUGGUGGAAUCACAGAAAAAUCCUCAUUUACCAAGUUCAGAAGAAGUCUGAGGCCUUUUAAACACCUCUAAGUGUUGUAAGUUUGUAAUAUAAUGUAAGGUUGUAGCUCAACAUUGACCUCGCACCUCUCUUCAAGAGAGGGUCAGCUAACCUCCUCGUAAAAGACACUUUAGUGGGUGUCAUACUGUAUAUCUGUCACUCACCGCUGAGUGACAGAGUUCAGGGCUGCAGCAUGUCUGUACAUUAUUACUGCACCAUAAACCCACAACUGAUAAAAUAAGGGUUUCAGAAGGAUCUGCAAAACUGAUAAAGAGUUAGAAAACACUUUUUAAUGAAGUGCUGCCAUAACAAUGUCUUCAAAUAAUAUAAGACAAUAUUAGCCGAGUCUCUUCACUGUUUUAGUUCGUUCAUUAAAGAUAACAUCUAAUGUUUUUUUUUUCACACAAUCCAUCGGCCUGUAAGAAAAUACUAAGAGGGUUUCUGGUGUCUGGGAAAACCACUCUGCUGCUUCCUCUGUCUUUAUGUGCUUGUUUAUUAACUUGAGCUUAUUUUACUGCCAUAGUUUAUUUGAGGUUUUUCCUAAAUGACCCACAGGUGUGUCAAAGCUUUAUGGUCUGUAUGUGCUAAAUAGUUAAAGAGUAGAAAACAGUUUCUUAAAAUGAACAAACAUUCAAAAGAGAUGAUGUUGAAUCAUUGGGUGCACAUUUAGUACAGAUGAAGAGUAUAAUCUGUCUCUCUGUUGCAGCAUAAAAAUCUGUAAUGUCUCCAUCUGUGAGCCGUAUUUUUAUAAUCUGUGUUCAUAAAGCUGGGUGGAGAUUAACCUCCUUUCCUCUUUCUCCAGAUCAUGAUCGAGUUCUGCCCCGGAGGUGCUGUGGAUGCCACGAUGUUAGGUAAGCCUCUCUCUCUCUCUCUCUCUCUCUCUCUCUCUCUCUCUCUCCCUCUCUCUCUGUCUCGCUCUCUCUCUCUCUCUCUCUCUCUCUCUCUCUCUCUCUCUCUCUCUCUCUCUCUCUCUCUCUCUCUCUCUCUCUCUCUCUCUCUCUCUCUCUCUCUCUCUCUCUCUGUCCCUCUCUCUGUCACAAGAGUCAAGUUCUACACCUGAGGCACAGCUGUGAAACCUGUCCUCUUACUUCAGAUUUAAAGAAAUUCAAGACCACGGCAGAAAACAGUGAUUUUUUCCUUUUUUUUGCACAGAGUAAUAUCAUAAACUAAGACUUCACUAUUCCAUUUUUAUUUCUGACUGAGAUGCAGUCAGAAAAGUGGAGUCCUCCAGUGUGGGAAACCCCCCCGGUCUGUUUUCACUGUGUAAUCCACAUCCUCAUAACUGUCUGCAUCCCCUCUGCAGCUAACCAAACACAGACACAGAAGAGUAAAGUCUGCAGGGCAGGACGGCCUCUGAUGUGUGAAAUCUUUUCUGAUCUUUUUACUUUAUGAGGGUUUUACUUAUGCAGGAACUUUAUCUGACAGACUUCAUAGAAAUCCCCGCAGGUUUACCUUUUCUGUUUUCUCUCACACUCCAGCUCGGUCCUGGAGUCUUUGCAUUGCUGGGGUUUUAACGCAGGUCAAAUUAUGGAAUGUGCAAAGUGUGCAUUAUGGUCUUUUCUCACCCUUCUCCCUCAUCCUAAAUUCAUCCCUCCAUCAUCACUCUCCUGCCUCUGCCUCUCCUCCCUGAUCAGAGCUGGAUCGAGGGCUGACAGAGCCGCAGAUUAAGGUGGUUUGCAAACAGAUGCUGGAAGCUCUGGUCUACCUGCACAGCAUGAAGAUCAUCCACAGAGACCUGAAGGCGGGAAACGUCCUCCUCAUGCUGGACGGGGACAUCAAACUGGGUGAGGGUUUACGAGCUUAUACUGCGAACUAUUGAGCGUUUUAUGUGCUUGUUUUGUCCUACAGAGUUAAUGUUUAGCUUUUUAGACAAACCAUCAUUUAUACAUUCACUGUAACUCAUCGCACAGGCAUUUUCUGUAAAGUUAAAAAGUGCCUAACAGUCUGAGCCCAUUUUUGAAUUUGAAAACUUAAAAAAUAUUAUAGGAUGUUGGUUAUUUAGCAAAUGUUCGAUUAAAACAGACACAUUCAAUAUCGACCCUUACAGUUCAGUUAUAUGUCACAGUGUUGUGUGAUAUAUCUGGUCUUAUUCUGUGAGACGAAGUGGUGGGUAGAAACAGAUCAAAGGGGAAAGACGCAGUAGCUGCAGAGCAAAAGUAGCACACUUGUAGGAUUUAUUCCUUGGUAUUUAACCAAGACCAGUAACUGGUUUACCUCUAGAGUUUAUGCAGACAAUCCUGAAGUUUACAGUAUUUUAUCUGUGCAUGUUUGGAUCCACAAAUCCAGAAAUUAGUUGGAUCCUGAUUGGCCGUCUUUAUAAUGUGUUGUAACUUGUCUAGCCUUUGCUAAAGAAUAUGCAUUUGAGAUACUUGAGCUCGGCAAAGAACUGACACGAAGUCUUUUGAAGAUUAAUGUCUUUCGCAAAAGUUUAGUGUUAAACUACACACAGGGGAGGGUCUCUGAAGUAUCCUGUCAUACUUGAUUUGAAACUCUGAGAUGAGUUAAAUCAAUGAAUCUAACAGUGGAAAUAAAUAAAAGGUGUUUGUUUGAUUACUUAAAGUACAUUUCAUAAUCUAUAGAGGUGGGAAUCACUCAUGGCCCCAUGAUGCGAUAUUAUCAUGAUACUUGGGCCAUGAUUCGAUGGUCUCACGAUUUUAAACAUUUUGAGAUACAUUGAGUAUUGCGAUACUAUUUAUUGUGAUUUGUACAGUUUUUUCAACUGCUUAGCUGAUUAUUUUUAUUUAUUUUUGUCUUAUUGACACAGUAUUUCAUUUUGAUGUCGCACUUCUUGGAAACCUCAUGUGUCAUUUGCAUCUCAUUUGUUGUAGUAACUCUUUCCUGCUCUAUGAUGCCAUCUCUUCCAACCUCACUGUACAAACAAUGGAUUUUAUUUUUCCAUUAUUAUAGACUUGAGUUCAUAUUAGCAUUGCUUUAAAAAAUCAAUACUUGGUGGAUGAGAGGAUACGAUAUAUCACCGGACAAAAUAUCAUGAUAUGAUGCUGAGUUGAUUUUUUAUCCCAGCCCUAAUAAUUCACAUAUCUAAGGGCAAAAAAAUCCCAACAUUUAGAAAAGCAGGAGUUCAGCAGAUUAUUAUAAAAUGGGGACGCCGUUAUUGGAUUACUUUAAAGGUUUCUGUUUGAUCAAAUUCAUAACCCUGUGAGUCAUGUGUCUCUUUUUGCAUCCCGCCCCAUUUUACAGCCAGGAUGAUGACAUGAAAACUAACCGUAUUGUCUGAUAAACCACAUCAUUUUCAUUCCACGUGAAGCUCUGUUUUCUUUAGGCUUAUAUGGCCAUCACUGUCACACAGACCCCCCCCCCCCCCCCCUCCUGUGGCGCUGUAGGUGGAUCAGAAGUCAGCGUUGCGUGGGAAAACCGCAUACCCUGAAUUUUUGCAUAUUUCCAUUUUAUUGGAUUUUUCGGAGCUCUCUGCAUUCUUCACAUUGCACAGCUGGAGUUUUGGCUCAGACUCUAAGGCCAGUGUGUUUCAGUUCCAGAAAAGGGAAAUUGGAUCAGUGAUAUCUUUAAAUAUAAAUUGUCCUUAUGUGUGUGUGUUGUGUCAGUGUCAGUCAAAUAUGUGACUUUGUUUUUUCUAGUAUCUUGCUGACUGACAUUUUGACCCGUGGACCAAAACAAAACAAAAAUAUCUGGCUCUCUGUUCUGCUUGCGUGCUUUUUCACUUUCGUCAGUCUCUUUGGUUCUCUGUCAUUUUGCACUCAUGACCAACAAACCAAAAGCACGGUGUAGAGAGUAACUAUCAGCUACUUUCAUGUUCAGGAGCUUCUUCCACACAAAACCAGCUUCUUUUACAUUAGUUUAGUUUUUCACAUCAUAUUUAAUCAGCUUUUUUGCUUCUUCUACAUCCUGUCAAAGUCGUCUUUCACUGACUUACAUUCCUCCCUCGCACACCACACUUACAUAUAAUCACUGGGAGUUGUCUCUUUAAACUCAUUAAGUCGUGACACCGACUCAUUUACAGCCUCCGAACUUUUCGAACUCUGAGAAAGCAUCAAUUAACUCUUCUUGAGGCCAGCCAAAUGCAUAAAAUCCACCUUUGAUACACGGCAUUAAACAUUAUAUUCCUCCAUGCAGCGCAGUAUGAAGCUAUUCCCGUCAUACAGAGACAUAAACUUUCAAGACACAAGCUGUCAGCUGUCUGGGGUGAAAUUAUUUGCAUGUUACGAUGAUAAGGCGUCUUAAGAGACACACCUUUUUACUUUAAGGGAACAAAGAGUUGGUUGAAGCAGAUUAAGUCAUAGUUACUUUCAUGCAUUUGUUAACAUUGAUUACAAGUCUUUUGGAUAUUAAUGCAUCAACUCUCACAUGAAGCACAAAUCUAAAGUGCUGUAAUACUACUCAUUGUCUCUGCAGGAGGAGAAAAUCCUCCUUGCAGAAGUUUAGACUGCAGCUGUCUGAAUGAUACGUUUGAUCAGGAAGUCCAAAACAUUUGAAUUGUAGUCUAGAAAACCGAGACAGUCACUUAAGUCCCUUUAAUAGAACAUGCCAGUUUGUAAUUGAAGCAGUGAGCCUGCUGGCUUGUGAGUGAAAUGCUCUACUUGCUGCCAAAUGCCUUUUAACCCUGGUCAUGCUGCACAUACAUAAUAUCCUGACUCCCGGAGAAAAAUGAGCACAGCCAAAGUGAAAACAACACGCCUGUAAUCUGAGGGCCAUGCUGGGGAAUGAGGGCAGCCUGUUUGGGGAACAGGGCGGCUGUAAAUUCUGGCUUUGUAUCUCUGCUCAUUACAAUGUCAUGACAGUUUUACAGGCUACAAACUAUCCGUCUGAUGGAAGGUUUUGAUCUGGCUUCACUCCCUCCUACUGGGAAAUGCCUCUGGGGAAUUUCUUUCACCUAUCUCACUUUAUCUUCUCUGUGCUCAUUAUUCUUGCAGCUGACUUUGGAGUAUCUGCAAAAAACACCAAAACCUUACAGAGAAGAGACUCUUUCAUCGGGACGCCGUACUGGUGAGUAUGCUGGGACAUCACGCUGCGACAUGAGGUUAAAGCUCCUGAGGCUGUCAGGAGUCAGCAGAGUUAGAUUGUUUCUGGGUCUUUUGUAGGUGAUAAUUGGAUCACUUUAAGGUAUUAGAAAUUAGUUGAGCAAAAUUUGAAGGAUGAACAGAUGCAGUCUGUCGGAGAGAAGUCACGCUGUAGCUAAACCGCAGUUAUUAGAGGUACAUCUAUCAGUAGCAUCUAGGGAUGGAUGAUAAAUUAUUGUUCACGCUACAUCGUCAGAAAAAUCCUCCAUGAUGAAUAUUUGCCAUCUCAUGAUAAAUACGAUAAAUGCUAGUUGAUGACUUAAGCCCGAGUGACGGACUCGCAGCCACAGCCCACACAGAUCAGAAUAACAAACAAACAUGGCCGAAGGUCAUGAAGACGUUUCUGAGCAGCUCGUUACUGAACGAGGCUCCACAUGAGGGACUUCCUUCAAGAUUAGGGCUUAGAUGAGUACAAUCAGGUAUGCCUGACAUCUUACAGUGGAUCUGCUGCUGUUCACUCUGUGCAAUAAGAGUUUUGAAUAAAUGUUGAAAAUGUUUUCACAUUUCAGAUUUGUUUGAUGUCAUUAGUUUUCUCCAUAACCUACCACUCAAACUUGUGGUUAGGUAUCUUAUUAGACUACUCCAACUGGUGCUCUCAAGACAAAAUGAGUCAAAAAUAUAGAUUGGAAUUAUAAUAUUUCUUUAUUAUCGCUAUCGCCAGAAUGGGAAAUCUUAUUGUGAUGAAGUUUUUAGCCCAUAUCGCCCAUCCCUAUUAGCAUCAUCACAGAGCUAAUGCUGAUUGCAGCAGCAAACUGUUGGUAACCAUGAGUCAUCAAUAAUCAAACCAAAGUUUCCAGUUUUGACGGCAUCAACAGACGGCAUCUUAUUUAAUGAGUCUCAACAUUUGUUGCAUAAGCUAUUGUUACAAUUUCAAGCCUAAUUUCCAGCAUGAGCUCCGGGGAAGGUAAAAUGUUCAGCUUGUUGUGUUUUGUAUUGUCUUAAAACUCAACUGCUGACCCAGUUUCAGGUUUAAAAAUAAGUAUAUUUGAGCAUAAAACAGGGAAUUAAAUGACUGACAGGUCAUCAUGAAUUUGACAUUAUUAUUCCUGUUCAAAACAAACCUCUUCCUCCUGACCUGGAGAAAUGAAAAACAAACCUGACCAUCCCUUUUAUGAGCUAUAUCAGUGCUGGGUUAUUGCUUGUUGAGAACAGAUUUCCUGCAAACCGCAACUCCUCCAUAAUACAUGAAAGAGAAUGGUAUUGUGUACACACACACACACACACACACACACGCACACUUGCCCCACUAACUCAACCCAGGACUUUAAUCCUCCAUUGUUGUCACAACAGCACACUCUCUCCUCUAUACCUGAACAAAUUGGAAAGGUACCCUUGCAGUGUGAGUCACUUUGAACCUUGUUCUACGCUGUUAUCCUCUGAGUGAAUACAGCUUCAGACAGUUAAUCAUUGACUAGAACAGGUUAUCAUCCAUCAGCAUACCCUCCCUGCUCGAGAGGAAGACUGCGCCCUCAUUUUGCACAAUACUCGAAACACUUUAAAGGAAAAUUACAGACAUUUAUGGCGUCAUCGUGUAUCUUAAUUUGAAAAGAUAAGAAUUAAAUUUGUUUCCUUUAGAGUUCCUACACAGUUGGAAUUUCCAUACUUUUCCAUACCCUACUUUUUAGAAUUAUUUUUAAAUUACCUACUUUUCUAUUCAGAAAACACUAUUUUAUAACUGUGGUAAUAUAGUCUGUUCACAUAAAUAUUUUUCCAUACUUUAUUUUUUAUUUUCCAUACUUUUAAAGACCUGGAAAUUGAUCAAAUUACUUCCAUACUUUUCCUUACUUUUCCAUUCUUGGGUAGGAACCCUGUAAUCCUUUUACUUGGUUAAAUCAGAGUCUCUAGUUGUGGAGCCGUUAUAAAGACUGUUGGCAAACACACUCUGACCAGGUGAAACGUGCUCCAUGUUGAUACUUGCAGGUUGCGAUUAAGAGAGAGGGAGAGCCCCUCUUAUCCCUCCUUCAGUUAUCAUCAGUUAGUCAUUUCCUGCCUCUGCCCACAGAUCACUGAUGAAAAUACUGUGCUGUUUCAAUCUACCGAUUCACGGUGUUGAAAUCUGUGCAGGCUGAGUUACUUCUCAGCCCUGUUACCAAAACUUAAUUCAGAGCAAAAACUGACUUUGUACAACAGACUUUCUCUUUAGUUCAUUUGUCUCAUGUUCCUGCAUUUUUUUAUCCACCCUCUUGUUCCCUCUCUCUCAGGAUGGCCCCUGAAGUAGUAAUGUGUGAGACGAUGAAGGAUGCACCGUAUGACUACAAAGCUGAUAUCUGGUCUCUGGGAAUCACCCUCAUUGAGCUCGCCCAGAUUGAACCUCCGCACCACGAGCUCAACCCCAUGAGAGUGCUGCUGAAGAUCGCCAAAUCAGAGCCCCCCACCCUGGACAGUCCAAACAAAUGGUAAAGAGGCACUGAAUAUGGAGCUGAAUUAUUCCUUUAGCAGCUUAAAAGUCUGCCAAAGUCUUUUGCACAAUCCAUGAUUCAUCAGGUUCAUCUAAGAAUACGUUCAUUGUAGUCCACAUGAGCUCAUAUACUCCUUUCUGUGUCUUACGGGGUCAUUUAGUUCUGUCCUGAUACCAAAUUCUUGCACACUCAUUGUCCUGUAGUGCACAGCGAAAGUCUGCAUGCAGCACACUGUCCUCCUCCCCCUCUCCCCCUGCCUCCCCAAACCUGCAGCAGCGACUCAGCAGAGAGGCCAGACCUCAGCGAGUGCCAAACUGUAAUUUGUCUCUAUCAGUUUUACGACUCUGAAUGUUCCAAAGCAGCAAAUGUUAGCACUGCAGAAGGGAAGUUAUCAGGUGCUGAAAGGGGGGAUGUGAGGAUGAGGAGCUGACUCAUCAUUUAGACUGAAAGCUCUUGUUUUAUAAUUCACAGCUGUGCACAGAGAUGAUCUGCAUAUAGCAGCAAUCUCAGAUCCAGAAAUAUGAUCCAUUCAGGAUUUUACCACCAUUUAUCACUCCCUUCUUUUACUUCUCUGCUGUUGUGUUUGAUUGAUCCUUUUUUGUGUUCAUUCCAGGUCACCAGAGUUUAAAGAUUUCCUGAAAAGAGCUCUGGAUAAAAACCCAGACACACGUCCAACUGCGGCACAGCUGAUGGAGGUAAGCCCUCUCUGAUGUAAUGUGCAGUUAUGACCAAUAGCAAGUGUUUUACAGCGCUGCGCUUUGGUGUAUGAUUGUCCUCGCUCUGUCCUUAUCUCGCACCAACACACAUAAUCUGCUAUUUUAAGACCUGAAUGGAGUGAUCUAUGUCAGGAAGGCGAACGGCGCCCCAUGGAGGGCACUGACAUGAGAGUGAGAGGGGGAGAAAAAGAGGGAAAAGAGAGUAAGGAAAGAAAGUAGAUGAUAACCUUUGAUAUGCUUUUUAUCUGAAGGACAGGGUACGUUUUGGGCUUUAUUUUCUGAGGGACAUCUAGAGAACCGCAUCCACAAAUAGGAGGUUACAAGAUACCCCAUAUAUUUCGAGGAAGGCUAUCCAAAGCAAUUAAAGCAAUCGAUAAAAUCCUAAAAUCAAUACUAUUAAAAAGGGGGAAAAAUCCAAGCUGUGGCAUCAGAACAAGCUGCAGUCAGUGAAAAGAGGUCAAACAGACACCAGGAUGAAGUGAGCUGCAGUGGUCUGAGUGGAUAAAAGCAAAAAUAACUGCAUGUCAGCAGGAGACCGAAAUGUUAUUUUUUGAUAUUUCUCUGAGAUUAAACUGGAUUGUACGAUAUUCUUUGAAUGAACAUCAAAACCGACAAUAAGCCGAUUUAGCUCAGCGGUUAAAUUGCACGCCCUGGUCCUCAAAGCAGGUGGCCUGGGCUCCUGCCAUUGCAUGUCAUCCCCCUCUUACUCCACCCAGAUUCCCGCUCCAUCCCCUGUCCUAUCCUCUCACAAUAAAAGCAUCAAAUCUUACCCCCCCGAUUUUGAACUUCCAGUUUCAGUAAGCCAAACUUGUUACAUGUGAGUGCAGCAAACUGUGUUUUUCCUGGAGUGAAAACUCACACUAACCUUUAAAAAACUGUCUUUUCAAUCCCAACCAUUUGAAAUGAGAGAAAAAGUGAACAGGGUGUGGAUUAAAAAACGCGGAGCGCCGCGUCUAUUAAAAUUCAGAGCCAUGGUUUCCUGUCUGUAUCCCACAGCUGAGGGGGGAAUGCCAACUAUUUACAUUCCCACCCUCAGCCAAUAGUAUGUCUGGAUAACCCCUGAGCUCGCCACCUCUGGCCAAUUACAGCGAGGCAGAGAUGAAACUCCUCGACCCGGGCCCGCUGGGAAUCCUGCAUGUGCUCUCCAGUGGGGGGGAAAAGAGACGGGCGCGGUCCGGAUUUUGGUGCCGUGCUGGAGGUUUCAGAUGUUUAUCUUGCCUGCUGCUCCUCACGGCUGUCACAGAGUAUUUACUGGAGAUAGUUUUGCGAUGAUGGAAUUAAACUCUGCUGUUAGAUGAAGUUAACAUCGAUGUGUGUGAGGAGUUUAAGGUCAGAUUUGUCAUGUAGUUAUUCAUCCUAGUGGGGAAAACAGAUGUAGUUGAAGUGAGUCGGUGCUUCGCUGUAUGAGUGUUGUGUGAGAGACUUGCCUGGUGUCUGUCCCACAUGUGUUCUUGUGGAGAAUGUAUACAAAACAACAUGACAAAGUAUCAGUCACUGUGCCUGCUGCUGGGAGACCAUCUGGAUGUCUUGGAUUCAUUAUACUGAAUUCAACUUCUCCUCCCACAUACUUUCUCAUGGUCUGAAUUUUCAGGGAUUUUUUUUUUUUGCGUUGCUCACAUUUAUGUAUGAUGAUGACUUUGGACCAAAGCAUGACUCUUAAUGUGGGGAAUCUCAGUUUGGAGAGUUUGGGCCAUUUUAUCUCCGAGCCAGGUCUCUGUGCAACAUUCAUUCAUCACUCACUGAUCUGAAGGACUCAGCAAUGAUGGUUGCCAUGUUGGAAAUGCUGACUCAAUCUGACCUUCGAUCAAAUGUGUGAAAUGAAGCCAAAUUUGGCCUUCACGGCUUUAAGCAGCUAGGCCCCCCUAUUAUCCAGAUCAUGUUUUAGCCCCAGCCCAGCCAAUUUUAAAGGUACUGUAAGUAACAUUUAACUAGUUGUAAGACAGGCUAAGAUUAAGGCUGCGUUCCAGUUGUACUCCGAAGUAAGAAUUUCUGAGCUCCAAGUUGGAAAUUCAUUUCGAUCGCCCCCCUUAGGUUGGAUUUCCAACUCGGAAAGUCGGAUGAUCCUCACCAACCCCGACUUGACAACAACGUCAUAAUCCAAGAUGGCAGCGCAGUGCAUCAACAGUAAAGAGUAACAGUGAAAGCUACCGUAAUAAUAACCAAUAACAACUGACAACAGCUAACGACAGCUUACAAUUGUAAAUAACAGCUAACAACGCUAACUGUAGGCAUCCAUCUUGGUUUUCCGACUUGUUUACCGGAACACCGUCAACUCGGGUCUAACGUCAUUCCUAGCUCCGACAUCUGAGGUAACCGGAAUGCAGCAUUAUAAUGAUGCCUUUUUUAUUCCCUUAAAGAAUAAAUUAGAGCAUAAGCAACAAGACUGACAUUCUUUUUAAAGCCCGUACCUGCUGUAAGGGGGAGGAGUCAAACCAGAUGAUUGACAGCAAGCCGAAAAAUUAGACAUUUAUUACUUUCCAACAGCAAAGAUGUAAAGUCAGCGAUAGAUCUGUCUGUUGGAUGAGAUUUUUGUCAGCAAACAUGAUUAACGAGGGCACAGAACAAAAUUACCAGAGAUGAGAUGUACACUUUAUCCAUAGGGGGCGCCAAAAUCAUAACGGAGAGUUCCGAACAGGAGCUUUAAUGUGGAAAGGUUUAAACUGGAUGAAUUCUUAUUGCUGAAAGGCCACAAGGGAGCAAAAGGACAAGACCACAAAACUAACAAGCUAGUUUUACACUUUCUGAGGCUUUCCCUCGUCAUAUUUCUGAUUCACCAGUCCUGUAACUUCAAUAACUCGGAAAUGAAUGCGAAAAAAUGCUGUGGCCGUACUGGGAGCCCUGGGCUACAAAUAUAUAAAGAUACAAAUCUUUACCUUCACUUACAGCAUGAACAACUACACCAUUCCAACAACAUAACCCUGCUCACAUUUAUCUAAUCGUGUAUGACAUCUCCUGAAAAAGUGCCGGAAAUUUGAGUGGGAGAACGGAGUGAGGCAACGACACUGUGUGAGGUAAAAGGGGAUUUUGUAUGACAGCGCUCCAAAAACAACUGGAAACUUGUUUGUUUGUUUGUGAGUGUGGACUUUAGUUCACCCACUCUCACACACACACACACACACACGGUCAACAUUUGUAGCAGCGGUUGCCAGUGUGACACAAAGUUCAUUAAGGAGAAAAUACUCCCUGUUCCUUCAGCUGAAUUUCCAAAAGAGAGAGAAGAAGUCUUUUUCUGUGGAUAACAGUUCCUGUGAGGUCUUUGGGUGAGGGACUUUAACGCAAAAAAUGUGGCGGGAAUAUACCAUAAGUGAGGUCGAAACAAUUUGGGCUGAUGUACAAAAUUUAAGCGAACAAAGGUUGAAUGAAUUUUAUUUAUGUCGACCAAAAUUACUGCCUCUCUUACCCUUAACUUAACCCCAGCGUAAUCACACCCUUUACCCUCAAAACAAGCCUGAACCUCUCAGACACCCAUCAAGGAAGUGAGCUCUGACCACGAAGCCCCAACUUUCCCAAAAAUGUCUUUACUCAAGGUCUAUAGCUUAAAAUGUAUCCUCUCAAAAUACCCUGUCCUGUCCCUGCUACCCAGGUAGCUCUGCUCAUUCAGCUUCCUGCUGCGGACUUCUAAUGGGCUAUAUUGUUCACAUUUAACCUUUUCACGCCCAGUCAUGCAUGUAAGUCCCAAAGUCACCAGCUUCACAGGGUCUAAAAGCAACAUGAAACCUAAAAGAAGGGACAUUUGCUCCAGUGAUCCACAUCCUGAUCUAUGAUGGCAGUAAGUUAAAAAAAAAAAAAGCCACAUUCAGCAGGACAGCCUGUGUUUGAUUUUAUCUGUUAGAUUUUUCUCAGGAAAAGAGGUUCCCCUCUAAAGUUAGUUAAAACUUUAGUGAAAGCUUAAAGCUCAUGUGAGGAGGUUUUUGGCAUUUACAAAACUGACUUAAAUUUACUAUGAUGCCUGUUAAUGGUCUUGAGCAUGAAGUGCAGUUACGGGCGUUGAAAAUUACAAAACUGAGACUAUUGCUUGUUGCUUAUGGUUUUGUUUGCUUUUUUUAGGCCAUAAAUAGGCAUUAGUUUAAAGUUUACGAUCAAUAAAAUCCUCCUCAAAGUGUCUUGAAACCUAAACUUUUAGUCUGUGUCUUUAAAGAUGCACUUUUCUUAGAGGAAAAUGUGGUGUGAACAAAAACUGAGUAAUUUAACUGUUUGUUUUUGCAUUUUAAUCUAUAAACUCAAUACAAUAUUGACUCAAAACUACUCCCAGGAAUAGCAUUUCACACAUAAAACUUUGUCCACUGACCCGGACUUGACCCACAUACAAUUUCAGAGAAUAAAAAUCCUAUAUAGAACAUUAAAUAUUGGACAAAAUCAAUGUUAUGGGCCACUGGCAGAGUAUGAACUGUUCCAUAAAUGUAAUUCAAGCUCUUGCAUAGAGUAUUGCAGUAAAACAGUAUACAUUUAAAGUCUAUUGAGGUCUAAAAUUACCUUUUAGAUAUUUUAAUACCUCAUUUUUUAAUGUUACAUCUUCAGCGUGUUAACUCCCCUUUAUUUUCACAGACUCUUCUCAGGGUAUUCUUAUUACCACUGCAGAGCCAUAAAUGGUUGGAUUGCACUCAGCAUUUACACUACCUGAUUAAACAAUAGCUGACUGUUGUUUGUCAUUGGAGCUGUUAAAAGCUGAAGGCUAAUGCACUUUUCAAGGACAAGCCUCUGCACUCACAACAACUGUGGUUACACACAACAAAUGUGCACACUUCACGGUCCAGCAGCACUUGUAGCCUUUUCCCCUGUUGUCAGCCGGUCCAAUUAAAUUACAGUGUACUGCAAAGCAUCUGAAUAAUAGAUGAUCGGCGAUGUAUCCCGGCAGCACUCUACUUUUAAUUUAGCUUUUCAUCGCUCAUGUGCUCAACUUAUUACUACCUUAUUUGCACUUUGCUAAAACAUGCACUAACAUUUGUUUUAAAAAGGAAAGUUGAGUUGCUUUUGUGAGGACAUUGUGUUAGACUGAACACUGUUACAUUAAUGUGCUAUUAAGGGGGCUAUUGUUGAAGCUGUUCAGGAACUGGCAGAUGGCAGAUAGAGUUUCUGCUGCAGUGAAAGUCCACAGUAGCUUGGCCUUCAACGGCUCCACAGCAGCGAUAGUCACACGAAUUCUUUCCCCUUCUUCUAAUGUUGAUGUUUUCUCUUCACAAAGUGGCUUUUUUUUCACAGUAGAUUUACAUUUUUGCAGCCUUCGACCUGCUAAAAGACAGCUUUCAUAUCCAAUAACUCAUGUUCGGUCCAGUACUCCCAUCACCCCUCAAGCAACAUUUUAAUGGUCUAAUGAUGAUCAGAUUCAUGGACAGUAUUGUUUUAUGGUUGUGUCAGAGGGUAUCCUGCUGUUUCAAGUUGUAGCCGCUCUUGCUGUUUAAGUGCCUGUUUAAUCUCAUCUGAUGCGUCCUGUGUCCGCAGCACCCCUUUGUGCGAUCGGUGAAGUCGAACCGUCCUCUGCUGGAGCUGGUGGCCGAGGCCAAGGCUGAGGUCAUGGAGGAAAUCGAGGACAAUAGAGAGGAAGGAGAGGAGGACGACGUCAUGGAGCUGACUGCGGUACCAAACCUGAAACCUUUCUAUGUUUUUAAUUUCUCCUCCGACAUUGUUUGUUUCUAAAAGUAGACAGGGUAUUCCCUGUUCACUCUGAGGCUUUUAUUUUGAAAGGUCCAUACACAAGAUUAAAGCUCCUGUGAGGAGUUUUUUCACAUUUAUGAAAUAGACUCAAAUUCGUAUCAUAGUAGUCUUAUUUGUCUUAUAGGUGGUAUUUAAUUAUAAAGAUGAACUUUAUGAGCCAGAAAACACAAAAGUAUACCUGCACAUGCAUCCAUAAUUCUUAAGGGUUGUCAUGAUCCCCCCUCCUAUUAUAUCAUCAACUAUUGGUGCCUCAUUCUGCUCAUUUGCUCGUCCCUGCACCAAAGAUUGCACUCUGCUUUCUCUUGUCUGUAACGUCUGGAUGGAUGACGUGGAUAUGUUCAAUCCUCAGACGAGUUUUGCCUUGUUUUUCAUCAUGUUUCUAUCAAUUCCAACAAUAACUGAAACAAAACGAAAGCUGUUUGUGCCAUGUGAAGCUGAAAUAAUCCUACUCUGACCAGGAGAAAUGAUCAGAUCACAUGUUUUUAUAUGGCUAAUAUUAAAUAUCAAAUGACAACAAACACUUCUCUCGGUUAGAAUUAAAUGUCUUGCUAAAUGGGCUGGAUCAGACCAGUUUAAUCUGAAUGUGGCGCUAAUACAAAGUCGUUUUUUUGAGGGCACUAUUCCAGUUAUUGGUGGACUAUGCAAUGUGCUCCAGUUGUUCCACUCUGGCCCAUAAAGUCCAAAGCCGCUCCUGUUCUGCUUCUUUCAUACUCUCUUCUGGUUCACCCUUUUGAACUUCACCUUUCUGCUGAGCAUGUCCUUCCUGCCAUAGAUGUGAUCUGCAGAAAUCCUCCAUAAAUCCACAGGGUGGUCUAAAAGUAGAAAGCGUGAUCGUAUAAGAGUGGCUGACAUGUGAAAACACAAAGGAACAGAAACCGGAAUCCUGACAUUCACCCACACCCACUAAGGGUUAAAUAUAGGUGCUGGCCUCUACUGAACUCCUGUAUAGAAACUGCCCCCCCUCACGCCCUCUGAUCGGGUGAAUUAUCUCAGAUUAGACAUUGUUCUGUUGCUAUAAUGUAAACCCGGCCCUUAACUAAAGACAUACCCUGCACAUAUACUCGUGAUAGAAGAGCCUAGAAAUGCUCUAACAGGAAGUGUGACCUGACAAAAGUGUGGGUCAUGCGUUAAAUAAGGAUGUUUUCCUCACCAUGAAGAUGAAUAGUCGACCGUUUCUCUCUUCCUCCCCUUGUGUCAACAGUCGGUGUAAUGACAUCAGACUUUGAUGGGAUGAAUAACUCGGCUGCAGGGUGGUGACAAAGCACUUUGAAACUUGUCCAAGAGGCGAUUUCUUCAGGAAUUUUCUUCAAACUCGAAACUGAAGCUCUUUGGAUUAGACUGAAAAUGAAGAGAUGAAGCUUCUUUGAGUAUCAAGUUCAGAUUUUUCCUUUAGUGUUUAUUGAAAAGAGGUUAUAACUAGUAACUCAAAUGAUAAGUUUUAACCAAUAAGAAGAUAUCUCAAGCCUCUGUUUUGUUGGCUGUGAUAUUAUUACAGUUUUGAGGCCAAGGGCACUUCUUUACCCACACAGCAAUAUUUUGACACAAACAGAUACACCACCUUGAAAACCUGCCAAGCAGUUCCCAGACCGUUUUUCUCCUCCUCUGUAUCACACACAGCCAGACAGAGAUGUUUGCUGAGACAUUAGAAAGGCUGAACCUGGCCGUAAAGAUGUCUGAUGGUUUUGUUUACCUCUGCAGAGAGACAGCAGAGAGAUAUUUCAGAGAGCUGAAAUACUCCGUUUGACAAGUGGCUGUGUACAAAACUCUGAAGUAACAUGUUCAGUGAUGCUUUUUAUCUGCAGCCCAAAGUUUCCCCGAGUUUUCUGGCAUCAACUGAACUUUUUUUGUUAUAUCUAAAAUCAUAGAACGAUCUUUAAUAGAUCUGAACAGUCAUUACUUUUCCAUUUAAGUUAGGGAUAUGGUAGUCAAUCAUUUAUGGUGAACAUUUCCCAACUAAAGAGGUUAAUUUGCAACAUGACUGAGUCUCUCGGAGUUAAAGAUAAGAAGAGAUUUACCUUCUAAGACCUGGGUGAGGACGUAGAUCAGCGAUUUUAGAUUAUGUCUCUAAGCAUAAAAUUACAGAGAAUUUCAGGAUAUCUAGAACAAAAAUAUCUUUAAAGGAUUCAGAGAGUCUGAAAAAAUCUUUGUUCUAAAUGGACAAGGCCCAAAACCAUUAGGAUCUUCAAACCCUUAUUAAAAAUAGACAUGACUCUGUAGAGGAAAUCACAGCAUGAGCUCAAAAUCAACACUUUUACACAAUGUCCCAACUCAGGGUUUACUUUUAUGUAGGAUUUUCUAACCGAUUUUUGCUAAUGUUUCAACUUCUCUGAACCUGGACUGUCUUAGCAAGUCAUGCUUUAAAAGAUUUCAAGUCUUAGUCCACCUCUCCUCUUAAAUUGUCAGUGCAAGGCUUUGACGGGCUUCAGACCAGAAUACUAAAGUCAAUUAAAACAUGCACAUGGUUAAAAGUUCUCACCCCUUUCAUCUCUGCAUGUUUUCUUUGAUAUUGUUAAUGCUCUGGUCUUUCUGAUCCUUUAAGAAGUGGCAUUAUUAGUCUAAAAAAAUCAAAAUCUUUGGCAGAAUAAAUCCUGUCAACAGGGACGUUUUGAACGUACCAGUAUCUUGGCACCAACUCUACGAAGGACGCUCUGUUCCCGGUUGUCUCACAUGAUUUACACAUGUUCACUACAGUAAUUAUUGGUACACUUAUUCAAGAUUAGAUAGCAUGUCACAAGACAUGAUAGAUAGACAUCUUAGCAACAGUGACAAGAAGGCCUAGUCUGAGCAGGAAUGACUGCAUUCCUAGUUUAGAUUAUCACAUUAAAGGUGGGACACCGGGUCGACUUCAGCUCUUCGCAUUUGGGCUCAAAGCAGAUUUUCACAAACGAAACACAUCUUUUCCUGUAGCUUAGCUUAGCUUACUGUGAUUUUAGCUGUUCUUACUAAUUGACCAGGACUAAGAAUAAAUUAAAGUCCAAAAAUACCAAAGGAUUGGUACCAACUAUGCAUAACAACACCUCUCUUUGCCUCCUUUUGAUUCCUUUAGUCUCCAGGAAAGGAGCCAUGCCAGACCAGUCAGACCAGUUUAGAGGUAGAGCAGUCUGUGGACACCCCAAGUCCCACCACACCCUCUCCAAUCCCCUCAUCCAGAAAGGGGUCUGAGCCAGAGUCGCCAACAGAUGAACAACCAGGCUCUGUCAUGGUGGUCCCUGUCCCCCUACCACGGCAGAAUCCCCCUCCAAAACAUCACGAGGAGGGGGUCGAUGAAGUCACGAUUGAGUCUGAGAAAUCUGAAAGCGAGGUGUCAACAAAGACCUCCAGCUCAGAUUCAGGGAUUGAGGAUGGAAAGAGUACCCCGACCCCUGAGGAGGAGAAGGUACUUUAAAGUUCUUGAUACAGUUUUGAUAUCUUUAGGUUUGUGGUUUUUACAAAGGUUUAACGCUGAAAAUGUAUUUUAAGGUUGCUGAGGAGUCCCAAGCGACAGAAAAGCCACCAUCUCCUCCCCAGGGAGAGGCAUCCGAGGAGCAGGUCGACAUCAUCAUAGACUCAAAGGACCCAGAGGUACCCAAGAUCCAGGUGACGGAGGAAGAGAGCAGCGUCAAGACAAACGGAGGUUCACCAGCUGCGGUUAUUGUAACUCCUUCACCUCUUUUAGCUCCAACCACUUCUCCUCAUCCGGUGCCUGUACCACGCUCUGGGCCAAACGGAAGUUUAACUAAGGGAACCCCAGAGCGAACAUCUUCCGGUAGAAACUCUGAGACUUUGCCGCCGUACAUCAAUGGAGGGAUUAUCAAUAAUCGGUCGUCUUAUUCAGGGAGCAUGGCGUCGGAAAGCAUGGACAUGUCGGUCAAUAAGGAUAUCAUCAUCAUGUCCUCAAGGGUGAGUCAACUUCCCUUUAAAGAAAUAUCUGUCUUAUUCAUAAAUGUCUUACUUCCUCCAGUUAAAAUACCCCCUCAAAAAGGGCCCCCUCUAGUAACAGUCCAUUGAUGCAGAAAAGAUGAAUGAACUCAGACUGAUGCAUCCAAGAAGAAAGUCUCUUUUAAUUAAGGGAGAAAUAGACGAGCACUGAAGUGUUAAAGAGGUACAGAGACAACUCCCUGCCUCUGUAGGAAAACCCCUCCUUGGAAAAACUAUUUCUCGGCACCCACAGAGGAACUGAAAGUGCAUUGUGUUGUGUUUUGGGGUGUGGGUGUUAAGCAUGUGAGACAGAGGAGAGCCUGUCUUCUAUUAGGCUUGCUUUGCACAUUGCAUUCAGGGAGGAUGCAGAGAAUGUACGAACUCAACCCGCAAAUCCUUAAAAAGUUUUCUUCAAUUAGGAUUUCGUGAAUCAUUGCAAACAUUCAUAUCUAUUAAAAAGUCACGUGAAGCCUGAAAUCUAAUUCACAUAACCACAUGACGAUGCUUUUCUCACACGUUUAAUAGCCUUGAGCCUUUUUAAUAUUGGGACACUGCAAUAGCUCUGCCAUCAUCACUCUACUGUAAUUUUAUAUUGAUCCAGUAAGAGGGUAAUAUUAGUGUCCCAGUGUGUUAUUUUACAUUUAGUUAUGGUGCUAUGACACACAGCAGGAGCUUCACAGAGACACACACUUGGAUAUCCACACACUAUGCCAGUCCAGUGGCUUAGCAAUGGAUUGCACACUGAUACAAGCACAACAUUUUAUAUGAGGCUUCCUUAGGACAUAGGAAAGCUUUUUAGCCUAGGAGCCCAACACAGAUUUUGGAAGUAUCCAUAUAGAACACAAAAGUUGUUUUUCUAUUAAGAAAUAAAUAAAUUCUGAGUCAUAAGAAGAAAGUUGCUGAUAAAUAGUUUUUUUAUCCACUUAAGAGGGUGAAACUGAUUUUAAUGUGUUCACUGAUUAUUAAACCUCCAAAAUGAUGUGUAAAAUAGAGUAUCAAGACACCUGAUACCUGUACACCCAUAAUAAAGUACUACACAAUGUAGGCGGAUUUAAAAAAAAAAAAAGUGUGUUAGGUUAUGUAAAGAGCUCCCACUCCAUGACUUUGUCUUGCUAUCACGCCUCUGUGAUAUUCAUACGAAAGGCAAGACAUUAAAUGGACGAGAAUAUAGCACUUAGAAAAUCACCAUGAUGAAUGCUAAACUCUUUUUAAAAUCAUACCUCAAAACCCUUCAUGAAUAAGCCAAAAGUGAAAGGCUUUCGUUUGUGGAUUUGUUUGCUUCUGACUUGUUUGUUUGUCUCCAUAUUAAUUUUCUUUAAAUUUUUCAAAUCCACUUCCCUUUUAACCAUAAUGUCACUAACUUUGCUGUCUUAAAAACAAAACAAUAAAAAAUAUUUUUGGACAAAUCUGCCCAAUUUAUAGUCCUACUUCCCUAUCUAGUCUCAGUAAGGAAGGGGUGCUAGGAAGCUGCAGGGAGAGAAGAGAGAAACCAUUUUAUUAUCAGACACUUCUUCAUUCUGCAGUAAAAUAUGCAACAUUCGCCAUUCAUUAGGACGGACAGUGGCCUUUGUGCGAGCACAGUUCAGUAUUCAGCAGUGUGAAUGGAAGUUUCUGUGCGGCCCAUUGUUGCUCUGCUGCUUCUGGAUGCUUAUGGACUGACCAUGAUUGAAAUGCUAUUGACUGCGUGUGGAGUACUGUCUGUUUGUGACAUGUUAAGUUUUUCCAGAACAGAUUAUUCAGCAGCCUGCAGUCAGAGUGAAUGAGCUAUCUUUGUUUUCAGACAGAAGAACACUGACUUUUCUGAGCAUGUUUAUCUGCGCUGGUGUGCGCAGGAGAGCCGUGUGUCUGUGUUUGUGUAUUUUCUGUGAAUGACUGCUAACAGGGAGCAUCGUCACAUGGAGCCUCGAUCACGAUAGCACAGCUGAGCCACAGUAUGACCCACAUAUCCUCUGAUUAUAGUGCCAGUGUGCACUUAAUAAUACACUGAAACACACAAGCACAUAGAUUUAUUGCUAUUGUAAAUGUGUCAUCCAGCUAGAAAGGGAAUAAGCAGUCCAUGAUGGAGGAGGUUGUGGUGUAGUACAAACUUGUCUGUCACACAAAAGCAAAUGUAACCAGAAAACAACAAGUGAUGUUUAUCUUUUGGAGGGUGGAGUCAUCAUCUGGCUGGGAGUAAAAGUUUAAUUUAUAACAUCCUUCCGCCUACUUGUUGACCCUUGCUGCCCUGCUCAUACUUCCUAAACUAGACUGAGUUGACUUAACUUUGAUCAGGGAGAAAUGGGAAAGGUCACCGGACAGUUCUUGGUGAGCUGAUGAAUGUGUUUCUGUUCUUACAUUCAGCUUUGCCAGGAGGUUAAAAAAAAAGCCAGGUCACUUUGUGUCAUACUUACAUGAUGAGGUUAUGUUGUUUGGCUGAGUUAUUUCCUGGAUGGCGCUCCUAGUGACAGUGACAGAUGGAGUAUCUUUCUGAUUGUUACAGUAGAACCAGACUGACAGGAAUAUUAAUGGCUUUGUCAACACACAUUAACCCACAGCUGCCUCUCUUUUAAUCAGAUACAAAGACAGCAGUAGGAAAUUAAGUGUUUAAAGAAGCAACUCUGAUCAUUUUACACACCAAAGUUGGAUGUUUCUGAACUAUACAGUUACUGUGGCCCCAAAGAAACACAAAACUUGAUAUUUGUUGUUACUCAAAUCAAGUGUAACUUUCAGUUAAAGGCUACAAAUGAAAAGUAUAACCAGCACCUCGUGGGGCACCAACAGGCCUGAGCCUUGAAGCCCCGUCAUGAAAAAAUGUCAGUGAAGACCAAUAACAUUUCGCAUAGUAUAGUAUGAUAAAAAUAUUAUAGUAUAGUAUGAUAAAAAUGUCAUAGUACACUUCGAUAAAAAUAUGUCAUAGUAUUUUUUAAAAAAAAAGCUAAGUAUGUAAAAAAAAAAAUAUAGUAUGAUAAAAAUGUAAAACCAUAGCAUUGUAAAAAUGCCAUAAUAUAGUAUAAUAAAAAUAUGUCAUAGUAAAGUAAAAUAUAAAAUGUCAUAAUAUAGGUUGAUAAAAAAAAACAUGUAAAUUUAAGUAUGAAAAAAAAUGUAAUUGUAUAGUAUGAUAAAAAAUGUCAAUUUAAGUAAGAAAUUUUUUGAAUUUGAGUGCAAAAAAUGUCAUAGUAUAGUAUGAUAUAAAUUUAAAAUUGGAGUAUGAAAAAAAUGUCAUAGUAUAGUAUGAUAAAAACUUUCAAAUUUGAGUAUGAAAAAAAUGUCAUCGUAUAGUAUGAUAAAAGAUUUCAAAUUUGAGUAUGAAAAAAUGUCAAAGUAUAGUAUGAUAAAAAUUUCAGAUACAAUAUAAAAAAACUAUCAUAGUAAAGAAUGAUAAAGAUUUCAAAUUUUUGUGUGAAAAAAAAAACGUCAUAGUAUAGUAUGUGAAAAAGUCAUAGUAUAGUAUGAUAAAAAUUUAAAAUUGGAGUAUGAAAAAAAAGUCAUUGUAUAGCAUGUCAAAAAAUGUCAUAGUAAAGUAAGAUAUAAAUUAACAAGUUGAUAAAAAUUUCAAAUUUGAGUAUGAAAAAUGUCAUAGUGAAGUAUGAUAAAAAUUUCAUAUUUGAGUAUGAAAAAAAUGUCAUAGUAUAGUAUGAUAAAAAUGUCAAAGUAAAGAAAGACAUUUUUUUUCAAAUUUGAGUAAAAAAAAAAAGUCGUAAAGUAUGAUAAACAUUUCAAAUUGGAGUAUGAAAACAAUGUCAUAGUAUAGUAUGUUUAAAAAUUGUCAUUGUAAAGUAAGACAAAAAUGUAAAACUUGAGUGGAAAAAAAGUCAGUAAACCAUGAUAGAAAUUUUAAAUUUGAGUAUAGUAAAAAAUGUCACAGUUUAGUAUGUUAAAAAAAUCAAAUAUUAUUAUAAAAACUGUCAUAGAUUAUUUUGCCGCAAAAUGUCAAAGUAUAGUAUGUUAAAAAUUGUCACAUUACAGUAUGACAAGAUUUUUAAUUUUGAGUAUGAAAAAAAAUGACAUAGUAUAGUAUGUUGAAAAAUGUCAAAGUAAAGUAAGAUAAAAAAUUAAAAUUUGAGUGGAGAAAAGUCAUAGUAUAGUAUGAUAAACUUUUCAAAUUUGAGUAUUAAAAAAAUGUCAUAGUAAAGUAUGAUCGAAAUGUAAAUUUGGAGUAUAAAAAUGUAAGUAAAGUAAGAGAAAAAAUUUAAAUUUGAGUGAAAAAAAGUCAUAGUAUAGUAUAUUAAAAAUUUAAAAUAGGAGUAUGAAAAAAAUUUCAUAGUUUAGUAUGUAAAAAAAUGUUUAAGUAAAGUAAGACAAAUUUUUUUCAUUUGAGUGCAAAAACAUUCAUAGUAAAAGGUGAUAAAAAUAUGCAAUUUGAGUAUGAAAAAUGUCAUAGUACAGUAUAAUAAAAAUUUCACAUUUUAGUGUGAAAAAAAUGUCAUAGUAUAGCAUGUUAAAAAAUGUCAAAUCGAAAGACGACAAAAAUUUAAAAUUUGAGUGGAAAAAAGGUCAUAGUAUAGUAUGAUAAAAAUUUCAGAUUUGAGUAAAAAAAGGUUAUAGUAUAGUAUGAUAAAAAUUUCACAUUUUAGGGUAAAAAAUGUCAUAGUAAAGUAAGAGGAAAUUUUUUAAUUUGUUUAGAAAAAAGGUCAUAGUAUAGUAUGAUAAAAUUUCAAAAUUGGAGUGUGAAAAAAAAUGUCAUAGUAAAGUAAGAGAAAAAAUUAAAUUUGAGUGGAAAAAAAAGUCAUAAUAAAAUAUGAUUAAUAUUUCAAUUUUGAGAAUAAAAAAGGUCAUAGUAUAGUAUGAUAAAAAUUUCAGAUUUGAGUAAAAAAAGGUCAUAGUAUAGUAUGAUAAAAAUUUCACAUUUUAGGGUAAAAAAUGUCAUAGUAAAGUAAGAGGAAAUUUUUUAAUUUGUUUAGAAAAAAGGUCAUAGUAUAGUAUGAUAAAAUUUCAAAAUUGGAGUGUGAAAAAAAUGUCAUAGUAAAGUAAGAGAAAAAAAUUAAAUUGAGUUGAAAAAAAAGUCAUAAUAAAAUAUGAUUAAUAUUUCAAUUUUGAGAAUAAAAAAGGUCAUAGUAUAGUUUGAUAAAUUUUUUAAAUUGGAGUAUAAAAAAAAUGUCAGAGUAUCAUAUGUUAAAAAAUGUCAAAGUAGAGUAAGAUACAAAUUUAAAUUUUCAGUAGAAAAAGGUCAUAGUAUAGUAUGAUAAAUAUUUCAAAUUUGAGUAUGAAAAAACUGUCAUAGUAAAGUAUGUUAGAAAAUGUCAUAGGAAAGUAUGUUAGAAAAUGUCAUAGUAAUAUAAGAUAAAAAAUUUAAAUUUUAGUUUAAAAAUAUCUCAUAGUAUAGUAUGUCAAAAAAUUUUAAUUUAAAAGUCAAAAAUGCUAUAGUAUAGUUAGUCAAAAAAUUGUCAUAUUAUAGUUUGUUAAAAAACGUCGUUAAAAUUCUUAAAUAUUAGCGGAAAAAAAUGCCACGGCAAAAAUUUCAAAUUUAAUUGUAAAUAAUGUCAGUAUAGUUAUUCAAAAAAAUGUCAUAGUAUAGUAUGAUAACAUUUUCAAAUUUUAGUAUGAAAAAAUUGUAUAGUAUGUUCAAAAAUUGUUAUGUCAUAGUAUGAUAAAAACUUUUGUAUGAAAAAAAGUGUCAUAAUAUAGUAUGUCAAAGUAAGUAUGACUAUAUUAAGUCAAAAAAUGUCAUAGUAUAGUAAGAUAAAAAUGUAAAAUUUUAGUAUGAAAAUUCUUUUUUACAGUCUAGUAUGAUAAAAAAAAUUUCAUAGUAUAGUAAGAUUCAAAAAAUGUCAUAGUAUAAUAUAAAAAAAAGUCAUUAAAUGUUAUUAAAUUAGCUAGCUAACUCACUUUAUUUGUAAGUGACCUCUGCUGUGUUGCUUUGAUUUGGUUGGUGACUUGUAGUGACACUUACCUGUAAAUGAGGUACACUCUGCAGCCAAAUAAUCUUCUUUAAAUGAGGUUCGCAAGCAGACUUACCUUUAGUCGAUACAAGCAUAACACACAGCCUGCAACAGAUCCGGUAGAGUUUCUUCAUAAAUAUUAUGGACACGAGGUCAACUAGUUAGUUAGUUAAUGCAGUAGUUUUCUGUUAUCAACUGAAUCAUUCAGGUCUGUGGCAUAAAAUUGGAUUCUUGAGCUUUCAGAUGCUCAGUUUGUACAGUAACAAUGACUCAAUCCAUCGAUACUGUGACGCAGUCAGCUUUAUGUUAGAUAUUCCUCCUUAUUGUAACCAACAAAUCUCCAAACUCAUAACUAAAUUCACCUUUUCGCAGACUUUCUGUCUCGAAUACACAGUUAUAAACAGACAUCGGUCCAUGAAAAGAUUCUUUUCACACUAAACGUUUGAUCUAAUCUGACCCUUUAUUGACCUUUAACCCUCUCUGUCUUCUUCUCAGGACUUCUCCAGUAAGACUCUGAAGCGAACCAGGAAGUUUGUUAUUGACGGCGUGGAGGUGAGUGUGACCACCUCCAAGAUCAUCAGAGAUGAUGAGAAGAAAGACGAGGAGAUGAGAUUCCUGAGGUAAGAGACGAAAUAUUACACUACAUUGUCGACCUCCUGCCUUUGACUGUGUUAAAAUACUUAGUUUGAACUCUUUCUAAACAAAAUUUAGGAGGGUCAAGGGUCUGUCAGUGAUAAGGAGCUUGUUGGGUGUUGCUUUUUCUUCACAUACUAUUUCAGGCGUCCUUCUCUUUUGGGCUUUAGACCCCAGGGACUUCGGUUAAAAAUGAUCCAAACUGUUGUGGAAAAUGACUUACUUUGGCAAUGGCAUCUUUAUAAACAAUGUAGAUAAAGAAAAAGGGGAGAAUAAGAUGUCUGUAGAGUGUUUGUGGAUCAGGCUAAAGAUAGCUUUAAGGUCAGCUGUAUUUGUUGACAGAGAAACUUCACAAGAAAUUUCACAUGAAGGGACCAACACAGUCUAAUGUCACUGAUUUAUUUUAUGGUUACAUUCAUCAAAUUUGUACACAAAAACAACAACUCUGUUUAAAGCUGAACUUCCUCUGAACCCUUCAGCAGCUCCUGAUGCAGCACUCCUGCCAUCUAGUGGUAGAAAUAUCACAUUGGACAUGUGACUCAAGAAACGCCUUCAGAAUUGUUUGGUUUUAUUUAUGAGUAACUUGUUCUCUGGAUGGAUAUAAAGUUUGAAGAAAAUUAAAUAGCAUUUUCUGAAGCAAAACAGUUGUCUGUGUACCCAGUUUUCUGUGCUUCUUUGUGAGAAAAAAAAAAAAUUCUAAGAAAGAAAUUCAGUCUGUAUUUGACAUUUUGCGGCUUCAGCUUUUAUGCAAAUCAAUAACUUUAUUGUGCAGAAGUAGAUGGACAGCUCAUUGAGACACAAAAGACAAGUGGGUCAACAUUUAAGAGUAAAAAACUUGCAGAAGCUUCCUGAAUUUCUUUGAAAAAUAAAUUUGGGGUCAUGGUUUUCACUGAAACAGGAAAUCAGAACUUAAGUCAGAAUAUUCAUAUGAAGAUUUACUGUUUUUACAGACGUCAGGAGCUGCGUGAACUCCGUCUGCUGCAGAAGGAGGAGCACCGAGCUCAGGCUGGUCUGAACGCUAAACUGGAAACACAGAGAGAACAAAUGCAGAGACGCUUUGAUCAGGAGAUGAAUGUGAGUCGAAACACCCGAACACACCCACACACGAAUUUACUGUGUGUGGGCUUACACCUCAUAAAACUUCCCAUGAACACAUCCUGCACUUUAAAGGUUCCGUUGUGUCGUUUUGACUUAUCUUUUUGAUGCAUGUACCAGGCCAAGAAGAAGCACUACGAUGUGGAGUUGGAGAACCUGGAGAAGCACCAGAAGCAGACCAUAGAGAAGAUGGAGGCAGACCACAACGUUAGACUCAAGGAUGAGACGAAACGCAUGAAAGCUGAGCACGAACGGGACCACCACAGGUUCCAGGAUCAGUUAAAAAACAAGAAAAAGGAGGUAUGGAUCUGAUUUUACACUUCUUAUAAAACUUUAUUCAAACUGAGAGAAACUACGUGUUAGCUUGUGCAGUAAAUCACAACAUAAACAAGCUUCAGAUUCCUUCAGUGGUUUGUUAACCUAGUGUCAGCCUUGGUGAACUCAGCUGAAAUGGCCUUCUUCUUCCUGUAGGUUAAACAGUCUGUUGAUAAGCUGCCCAGGACUCAGCGUAAAGACACCUUGAAGCAGAGAAUGAACACCUUCCAAGAAAUGAAGAUAAGAGAAGUGAGCUGUUUUUCAAGUAUUUCCAUGCAUACCAAACUGAAACACUUUUGAAGUAAACCCAAACAUAAAUUCAUGAAGCAUUGCUGAAACAGAAAAAGAACACAUCAUGAUUUAAAUACCAAACACAUCACAUAAGCUCAAAAAUUGUGCCUUUAUAGCUUUUUAACUUCAUGUGUUUUUUUCUGUUUUUCCAGGAGAGCAAUUUCUUGGCCGCUCAGAAGAAUCACCUGGACACCACGCUGCAAAGAAUCAUCCUAAACAACAAGAGAGAGAUCGCAGAGAUGGAGCGGGAGUGUCUGAACAGGAAACACCAGCUUGUCAGAGGUACAAGAACACUUCUGAAUCACUUCUGACUCUUAUCAAACCAACUCAAAGUGUUAUCUUUUGAUCGUGUCUUCUGUUUUAACUUCUCGUUUCUGCUUUGAUUAGAGCGUGAAGCCACGAUAUGGGACAUGGAGGAGAAGAACCUUUACGAGAGACACCAGCUACUGAAGCAGCAACUGAAAGAUCAGUACUUUCUCCAGAGGCAUUCGCUCCUUAAAAAACACGAGAAGGUAAAUCAGAGGAUUCAGUUUCCUUUUUUUUCUCCAAAUGAAAAUAUACUUUUGUUUUAAAUCUGGUUAUCACAUCAAAAUAAAAACUUGUGAAUUAUCUGUUUUAUAUUUCAAGAGAAUUAAAUCUACAUUUUCUCUGUACCCACAGGAGCUCGAGCAGAUGCAGUGCUACAACCACCGAAUGAUUGAGAUCCUCAAAGCUCGGCAGCAGCAGGAGAAAAGCCGGCUGCCUAAGAUCCAGAGAAGCGAAGCCAAAACACGCAUGGCCAUGUUCAAGAAGAGCCUCCGCAUCAACUCUACAGGCAGCUCCUCCGAGGACAGGGAAAAGGUCAAACAGGUAAGAGUAACACUGGUUAUCUCAACUCUUAUUUAAGCACUGGAUGAAUUAUUUAGAUCCUCACGCUGUUUGUGUGUCUGUAGUUUUCCCAGCAGGAGGACAAGCGGCAGAAGGCGGAGAGGCUGCACCAGCAGCAGAAACACGAGAACCAGAUGAGAGAGAUGGUCGGCCAGUGUGAGAGCAACAUCAGAGAGCUGCAGCAGCUCCAGGUGAAUUAUGGGAAACUCAUCUUUGACACAUUUAUCCUGCGAAAACCUGCAAGUCUUUGCAAGAUUAAUGAGAGGUUCGUUUGUGCGUUUCAGAAUGAAAAAUGUCACCUGUUGAUCGAGAACGAGACUCAGAGGCUCAAACAUUUGGAUGAACAACAAAACCAGCUGCUGAAGGACUGGAGGGAUCAGCUGAAACCCAGAAAGAGGGUAGGCACUGACGAGUUCGAUGUUUAAGAGUCACAUGUGAGUCACAUUUCUCAGUCAUUAUGAAGCAUCAGCUCUCAUAACCAGCAAAAAGAAAAUCCUCACAGAACCUCCAAACUCAGAAUUUACACACACUAAUUCUGAGUUUGGAGGUUCUGUGAGGAUUUUCUGUGAGGUGGGGCUUUGCAGGUGACAAAUCAUUACCUUGAAUAACAGACAGGGGGCAGUGUCUUUGUAGAGUCUGUACUGUAACACAAACUAAACUCUUUUUUUUUUUACGUGUUUUUCCUUCUAGGCUCUCGAAGAGGAGCUUAACAUGAAAAAAAGGGAGCAGGAGGCUUUCUUCAGGAUGAGUGAGAGCUCCGAUUGUCCAAAUCCGAGUUCCCCCCAUAAACUCUCCAAGUUUGUGCCUUACCAAGACUCUUCCACGACAUAAAAACCAGCUGCUGUGACGCUGCGCAAGAUGUCAACUCCAACUAUAAAACACACACACACACACACACACUUCAGGCUUUACAGACCGGCCUGCUGCCUCAGAUUUUAAUUUGCUUUGCCUGUCAUGGCGGCACAACUAUCCCUCCAUCAGGUUCCUUUAUUGUUUUAGUGAAUAUUUAUGUUUUAACCCAGAAGGACGGGGAUGUGAAAGAAUGAGUAGUCUGUACCCUCCUGCAGUUAUUUGUUUUCCUUUUCUGUUCGGGGUUUUAUCGCCGUUUGUUUCAGCUGACACCAAACUAAUAAUUGUUGAGACAGUAACGAAGCACUUUUCAUCCAUCCUGAAUUAUUUGUGCCGUCUUUCGAACAGCGUCACCAAAAAAAAAAAAAAAAAAAACACACAUAUAAAAACAAAUAAAUAAAAAAACUAUUUUUUUCCCAUCUGUCUGUGACAAAGCAGCUGAAGUCUGCCUUUAUUUAUUUUACUGAAGAAGAACAACCUGAUUUAUCACUGUCAAUGCUACAUUACAUAUUUUCUCUUUUUCAAACUAGUGCCAAUGGUAUGCAGGAUGUGCUUUUUAUUUAGUAUCUUUAUUUUUUUUAAAUGGGGGAUGAAUCCAGAUCAGACUUUAAGUUUCUUUUUAAAUGAUUACUUAACUUUGUGAUGAGAUUUUAACAGAAAAAGGGAAUCUUCAUUGUUAUUCACCAAGUGUUGCUUUUGUAUUUUUGUUCUUUUCUUGUAUUUUACUGUAAAAUCAGUCACACUGGAUGGGAACUGACAUAGCCAAAGCAAAAUACUGUCGUCCUUUGAAGGAUGUUUUGAGGAGAUUUAAAGUUAAAAAUUAAAAAAAUGUAUUGUGUAUUAUUGAUGUACCAUGUGCAGUAAAUGCACUGCCUGCUAACCAAAGUGCAAUAUUCCAUGUAUGUCUUUGCUAAGCUCAAAGAGGUUUAUUUUUCUGAAACUUUGCCUUCCUUUGCACUGAGAGAAGAAAUAAUACGAUGGGUUUAAAUCGAAAAACAGAUCCCAGCUUUGGUAAGAACAGCUUUACCUAAAUGUUUUUUAAAGCAAUAACACUCAGACAUCGAAAUGAUCAGUUUUUGGAACAUUUUCUGCUUCGUAUAAUUUAAAAAAGGGAGUGCAACAAUUCUAUCUGCUGUAAAAUGCCUUGAGAUUUUUCUUACAUUCAAACGGAAACCUUAAGUUUGCAGUUGAGGAAAUUGUUGCAUGUCAAGAUGAGGAAAGUUUCUAUAGAAGAUCGACCUGCAGAUCAAUACAGACCAGGUCCAAAAUCAGGUACAGCUUCAUCUUUGCUCUCCCUUUACAAUCUCUCUCAAAGUAUUUAAAUUUGUGGUCUUUUCUGUCCUGUUUAACGGCCUCUAUCUAUGCCUUCCUCUCUGCCUCAGUUUACAUGAUAUUGUUUGUGUGGGGGGAUUGCGAGUGUGAAUGAAAGUGUAUCAGAAGGAACCACUGUUGUAAAUAACUCUUAAUAAAGGCAGAUUUUCUAAUUAUUGGAUUGUGAGGUGGGUUUGUUUAUUGAUUUAUCCAUAACAUUUGAAACAGUCAAUCACGGUAUUUUACUGCAGAAACUUUCUCUCUGUGGUGCGAACGAGUUGUUGUGGAUUCUGUUUAGGACAACUGCAUUGGACUAUGGAUUGAUUUCAUGUGGGGUUCCCCAAGGCUCAAUCCUGGGGCCUUUACUUUUUCUAUUAAAUAUAUCAUAUAACACAUAAAUGAAUAAUAAUAAUGCAUCAGAUUUCAUACACCGCUUUAUCAGCGACCCUCAGAGCACUUUACAUAGGAUACAUCAUUCAUUCACUCACACAGUCACACCCUGGUGGUGGUAGACUACCUUACAACCUGAGGCAGACUGAAACAGGGCUGCUAGAUUGCGCCUACAGCCUCUCCGACCACCAUAACGCAACAAUCACAAUCAUACACACUUGGAGUGAGGUGGGUUAAGUUUCUCGCCCAAGGACACAACAGACAGACUAGUCCAGGGGUGGGCAAUCAUGUGCCAUGGAGGG